AUGACCGCACGCUUUCGAUUGCCUGCUGGCAGAACCUACAAUGUACGCGCGUCAGAGCAGGCACGAGACAGACACAGCACAGACGUGGUCUGCAAUAUUCUCCUCCUGGAUAACACUGUGCAAGCUUUUCGUGUAAAUGUAAGUAUUGAAAUGUUCUCUAAUCGUCACUUAUUUUCUAGGGCAAUCCCCGCACAUCAACUCUCCUGCUUUACAUGUAUAAUGGUAACCCACAGCAUUUGAUCUGCUAGGAAUCCAGUCAAUUCACUGUUACUCGGACAUAUUAUUGAGUUCACUUUAAAUUAAAACAUGGCUGCGGUAGCCUUUUGAUUCACAAGCACAAUCACUAAAAUUAAUCUGUAGUUUGCAAAUGUGCAGGUUACAGAGGGGUCAGCUAAAACCUUUUAUUAUAUUUCAAUAUUAAUUAUUAUAUGAUUACUUCUCAAGCACCAACAAAUUCUGUAGCACUGUACAAUGUGUUUGGUAAAACCGUGGGCACCUAAAGCCUGUUCACUCUGCAGCUAUUCAUAUGAUGCACAAGUUACAUUAUCCAUCUAAAUUCUUCCUGCCUUGGAUGGCACUAUGCAAACCAGCUCCCGAAGCUAGCACCCUUACAUUGCCAUUCAAGGUUAUUUGAGGGGUAUAAAGCAGAAAUGUAUCUCUGUGUUGAUGGAGUGUUUGUAGAAUGGCCAGGCUUUGGGUGCUAAGGGAGUUGUCAGUAAGUGGAUAGAUUAAAGUUGUACUUACCUGUUGUUCACAUCCUGCUGACUGUAACAUGGUGCCCUGGACUUGCAGCCGCUUUGACUCUAAAUGCCACUCCACAUUUCAUACCUAGGGGUUAUGGGAUGCCACCGCUUUGUUUGGGUGUGAGGUGGUUUCUGGCACAAAGCACAGGAAGGUUUAAUUCCCUAAGGUACAAAAAAAUUAAAAGUUUCAUACGUGCCCUUGGUAGUAAUUCUAGUGACUGCUUUCUGUGUAUGUGAAACUUUAAAGGACCACUCUAGGCACCCAGACCACUUCAGCUUAAUGAAGUGGUCUGGGUGCCAGGUCCAGCUAGGCUUAACCCAUUCUUUUAUAAACAUAGCAGUUUCUGAGAAACUGCUAUGUUUAUUAAUGGGUUAAGCCUUCCCCUAUUUCCUCUAGUGGCUGUCUCAUUGACAGCCACUAGAGGCGCUUGCGUGCUUAGAGCACCAAGCGUCCAUAGGAAAGCAUUGUAAAUGCAUUGUAAAUGCUUUCCUAUGUGGCCGGCUGAAUGCGCGCGCAUUCAGCCGGCGGGGAGGAACGGAGGAGGAUCGGAGGAGGAGAACUCCCUGCCCAGCGCUGGAAAAAGGUAAGUUUAAACCCCUUUCCCCCUUCCAGAGCCCUGAGGGGAGGGGGUCCCUGAGGGUGGGGGCACCCUCAGGGCACUAUAGUGCCAGGAAAAAGAGUAUGUUUUCCUGGCACUAUAGUGGUCCUUUAAGUUACGUCAAAUUAUAUUGGACAUGACAAGGUGCCCUUCAAGUAAUUAUUAAAAAUAAUUUGCUGCUUUCAUUUCACUGUUGGGAGGGAUGUGAUGCCUGUCAGAUGUCAGACCCCAUUCCCCUCAGUUUAUUUUAUUUGGGGUCUUUUCUUAACAUAUAUUGCUUGUACUCCAUGUCAGUUUGAUAAGGGAACCCUUUCUCAGACAUAUACAUUCAUAAAAGAUAAAUAAUACAUAGUGAAGUACAGUAUACAGAUGUAUAGCACGGCGGUUUUUGGUAGCACUCACAAGAUAUGAAUUCAAGAAGCGCCUCAAUGCUCUCAAAGGGGCUACCAUAGUCCUCUCUCCACACUGGGUCAAGAUUGUUACUCAGCAGGCACAGGAACUUACGGAGUCAGGGAUCAGGUAAAAAAUGAUAUCUUUAAUUGGGCUAAAAAUGCCUUUAAUAAAACAAUUAGAUAAAAAUAUUAUCAACAAAAGUAUAAAAUCUUCCAUAAUAAUUUUUUUUUUCUUCAAAUGUAUUUAAUUUAGUUAUUACCGUAUCCCGGUGUUUUAUGAUGAGAGAUCGAUAUAACCUGUUAUGAGGUAUCUUAGAAUUGAUUUAUGACGAUGUCAACGCUCAUAAAGUUCAGCAAAUACUUGUGUAUAUAUUUCUUUCCUUAUAUUUAAAAUCUAUCGUUCUGUCCACUCAGCUUUAUAUACAGCUUUAACCCGUUAAAGACACAUGACAUGUGUGACAUGUCAUGAUUCCUUUUUAUUCCAGAAGUCUGGUCCUUAAGGGGUUAAUAUAUGUGGAAUGCAUAUCAUCAUGGAGAUGGUGCGCAAACGAUAUCUGGACAUACAGACCAGAAGUUCAUCGUGGAACGCAUAUGACUUUAUUUGGGACACAAUCAGAUUAUAUCCGGUGUCUAAACGAGGAAUAUAAACCACGAUUGAAAUCACCCGCAGAAAGAAUCACGACAACCUACGGGAAGAACCUGCCAUCUAUAACCAAUGAGCUUAACACACAAUCAAAUCCACCUGGAGGAUUCUUCAAUCAACUUCUUUGAACCUGCACUAUUUAAUGGGACUUGGAGAGGGAUGGGAUCAUGCAGGCUUUUUCAUUGCUGUUCAUUUAUAUCAUAUCUCGGAGGAAGUCCAGUCUAGCUGGACAAAACGCGUUAAAAAUAUAAUCAACAAAAGUAUAAAAUAGUUUUAUUGAAGGCAUUUUUAGCCCAAUUAAAGUUAUUUUUUUACCUGAUCCCUGACUCCGUAAGUUCCUGUGCCUGCUAAGUAUCAAUCCUGACCCAGUGUGGAGAGAGGACUACGGUAGCCCUUUUGAGGGCGGGCAUUGAGGCGCUUCUUGAAUUUAUAUCUUGUGAGUGCUACCAAUAACUGCAGUGCUAUACAUUUGUAUACUGUACUUCACUAUAUAUUAUUUCUUUUAUGUUAUAGACCACCAGCUGUAUCCCUAUUUUUUGCAUAUAUCUACCUAUCUAUCAGAGGUGCUACAGGGGAAGGCCUCUUUGGGAAGCUGUCUUGUUUGUAUUAAGCCAAGUACCAUUUGUUUAUCCACUCCAUUUUUUGUUUAAGGGCAACAUACUUUUUAUACAUGCAUGGACAAGUAUGGCAGAUGGCUUUCAUCAUCAAUCUAUUUAUUAAGCUAAUAAUUUUACAGUGAGGGGAAGAGAUGGGAUGAUAAACUACUGAUCCCACAAACCCCUGCUUUAGCAUAAAACAAAGGAAGGAUCAGAAAUCUCUAAUUUGAUAAUUGAUCAUUCACAGGUUGACAUUACACUCCAGUCUGAGGAUAAUUGGUUGCUCAGUGUACUUGGUUUAUUUUAUUUAUGUGACAGGCUAAUGAUGAUACUUAAUAUUUAAGUAUCCCCUUCCCCAAACACUUUCACAAGGAUUGACCCAGUUUGACCCCAAUGUAGUUAGGUGAUCUUCAUUCCCAUUGGGCAAAUUAACAUUGUUGUCUAAUCCGUUAGCUCUUUGGUGAUAAAACAGAGAUGCGCUUCUGCGAAUGUGACCUUUGGGAGAGCAUCAGGUGUCCUUGAUAGGAACACUGCAUUUCUACAUACGUACAUUAAUGCAGUCUAAGCACCAUCACCACUACAUCACAAUGUAGUAGUUAUGGUGCCAGGAGUCAGCCUGAGCACCUGUGGUACUUUUUAUAUUUUUUUGUAAUAUUGCUAAAGUGUAAAUUCCCGUUCUGAGAUACCAAUUUUGUCCAAGUUUGAACAUCAUUCUUGUUCUGUGAGUGGACCAAAGUGGUGCUGGGAUGUGCACGUGAAUUUUAUUUUUUUGUUUUUAAGUUGUACUAAAGUUGUAUUGGUUUUCACAAAUCUCGUUAACAAUACAGCUUUUCCAAAUUAACAUUGAUACAACUGUCCAAUGUGACAUAUAAUGCUGCAGCUGUGGUUAUUCAGAGAGAUGGAAUAUGAAAACCGUUUAAUAUUUAGUGAUACAUACAUCAAUGAAUAGAGGAGUGUUACAAAAGAGGGAAGGGGAUAGGAGAACACUGCAAUUUAGGAUGGUACUCUGAAUCCUUCAUUUCCAGCUGUGGUCAACAAUGUUACAACUUUUAGAAAUUCACAUUAUUGAUACAACUUCUCACUUAAUUAGAUAUACCAUCCAAAUUACUUCUAUGGGUGCAGCUCACAAGACUUCUCUUGCUGCUCUAGGAGGUCUGCUAAUGCAUUUUAUUUGAUAUAGUCGCCAUACCUCAUUCCACAAUGUACUUGCACAAUCAUGUUUAUGGGUUUGUUUCAGACUUUCCAUAAGCAUUUGGAAUGUUGGUAUCACAGUUGAGACCCAUUUCACUGCUAGCAAGGUCAAUCAAAUUCUCAAGUAGAGUGUAACAUUUUAUUUUCUGGGGAAGAGCUCUGCGUAACGAACGCUGGCAUUUCAUUUACUCGUUAGUUCGCAUUCUCCCGAACUGCUAGGUACUUAGUGAAUAUUGCCAGCAGUUCUGAGCGCUGAUUUGUACGCUCCCCAAGAAUCAAGUACAGCAUACAGUAAAUCCAGCAGUUCGUCAGACACAUACCCAAACAUCCGCCUAGACUAGAUGAAGGGUACAAAAGGAAUGUUUUAUUCAGGCCAGAUGGCCUGCUUUUAUGCACGCCCACAACACACGCACUAAAUUCCUGAGUCACAAUGACUUAAAAUACAAAAUCUGAAAAGUACAUGAUAAUACACAUAAAACGUAUAUGGACCCCCAUAAAUGUCAAAUGGGGAUAGCCUGGAUCUGAGCGCCCAAGUUGUCCAAAUAGCGCUCAGAUGCCACGAAUACAGCUGAAUCGCGACCUGGGUAAAGUUUUGACCGACCUCUCAUGAGGCGCUUGCACAAAACUGUUUCACAGGUGUACCAAACCGAAUAAAACCACGAAUGGUUCCCCUGGCUAUAGGUAGCGUUUGUUCACCGGGUUUGUGCGAACAAACCUACCAAACAGCGCUCUCCUGGGAAAAGAAGCAUGCAUUCGCGAAGUUGACCAGUGUUCGCAGAGUCGAAUGUCCAACUUGGAGUUCCAGGCACACGACGACCAAGUCCUGCUGCUUUUUUUUGUGCGACAAGAUGGCCGCCGUUUUUUCCCAGCAUGUGUUGUUUGGUUAUACGAACGGUGGCAACACAGGGAGAGCUAAUUCAUGCUGUUUUUUUUGAGUUUCAUGAAACAGAGGGGUGGUUGUUUUUUUCCAUAGAUUUAUCUACCGAACCGAAAAAGUUAACUUUGUGAACCAAAAGGUGUAGUUUUCUUCAUACUUUGCUUGUAUGAUUCUAUCUGGCAGUUACUGCUUGCCAGCUUAGUAAAGUGCCACCAAAUACGGGAUAUUGUUCCUGUAUCGUUCAAGCACCUUCAUAAUUUAUUAGACGUAUUUGGGCAAACAUUGGCAAAGAAGGUGGGUACCAGAUACCACCUGUAGAGGUGUGCUUGUUAUUUUAAUGCAUGCAGCCGCUUUUCAUAUUGUAGUGUCCCUGGAAAGUGUUACAUUGUGUUAGUGAGCUAAUAAGCUUAUUAUUCACAAUCUGCUUAAGAGUCAAUGUGUAAUAUAUGUCUUAAUGCAGGAGGCAAGGUCACAGCUGCCGGUGACUGUCACGUCUUUGGCAAUAGCUCUACAUACCUCGGUUCGUAUCAUCUCAAGCUUUAAGUUUAGAAGCAGUCGGGUCUUCUUUCCCAAGACCCCUUAGAGGUUUCUAACACAUAUACAGGCUGCAUGAUUGAUGAAUAUGAGAAUGCAAAACUUACAUGUACAUGUUUCUUCUAUGUUUUACUUUGCUGUUUAUUUACUUAGAUAGGCGACAUUCAUUAAAGGGAACCUGUCAUUACUUUACUUUAACUGACACCCACAAUAGGCACUGCAUAUAUUAUUUUCAUACUGAUAAAUGAUCUAAUCCGUCUAAUAUUUAGGGAUAAUUAAACUGGCCUCUGACCCAACACUGCCAUCUCUGCGAGUAUGUCAUAAUAUUAUAACGCCCACUCACAGUCACUCCUUUGUCCCGCCCAAAGUGUAAAAGGAUUGGCAUUGCUUGAAGACACGUCCGCAGACAGGACAGCCAUCGCCAGUGAAAGAUGUCUGAACAAUACUGCUCUAGGCAGCCCUAAAACCCUUGAUUACUUCUCAAGGGACCAGCCCACACCUUAACAAUUUCAAUACACUAUAAUGGUUGUGGUGCUUGCUAUAAGUACUCCUUAAGAGUACUAACUUAAAUCUGACGUGGUAUUGGGAGAUCCCUACACAGCAUUGUACACUGAAAUUUAGAGUUAGAAUUAUGUUAUCAAUGCGACAAGGGAUUUUAUUUCUGUUUUCCUUUUUAGUAUAAGCAUAUUCUAAAUUAUGAUGUUUGGGUAUGUUACUUUAGGUGAAGUCAAAGUUAUGUUUCUUUGCAUUUUUUUUUUUUUUGCUUUGUGCAGAAUUGUCUAAUCCAGGCUGCAACGAAUAGGGCAUACAAGGUGAUCUGAUUUUAAAUUGCUAUAAAUGCUUGGUAAUCAGGAAUAUUGAUUUCUGUUUUAAAAGGGAACUGUGUCUUUCUAGAUGUGUAAUACUAUAAUUAUCUCUUGUAUAUAACAAAUAUCUGUACGUUAUUAAAAAAAUAAACUCACACCUCUUUAUGGUGGAGCUGGGGGCCUCCAUUCCUGUCAAUCAUUGUUAUAAACUUUUGUCAUUUGCACCUGGCAUACAGAGAGUCAUUUGCCAAAUCUUUAAUACAAGAAAUGUAAUUUUUAAAUAUAUAUAUAUAUAUAUAUAUAUAUAAAAACCAUGAAAAGGGUCAAGAUAAGUUGGAACAUUUUCAAUUUUUUUUAUUGAAUGGUGUAAAUUUCCACUGGGAAAUUAACUUUAAAAUAUGGUUCAAGUCAUGUUUGAAGAAGAGGAAGAGACCCAAGCUCCAGAAACUGAUAAAACAUUUUUUUAGGACAAGAUGAGACAAGAUGUCUGUAUCUCUUUGCAACUAUUUUACAAUAAACCAUGAAGUAGGAUCGGUAAAUAAGUUAGUUGUACUUUCUCAUCCGUGAGCAAGGCCAGUGGCGAGCCGUGACGCCUUAUGCUUGGGAAUCCUUGGUUUAGUGAAUGCCCCUAUAGUUACUACAGUUUGUACCCUCUGUUACCCCGUGUUUUGAAAAGAAAUAAUUGCUGCUUUAUCUUUUUGUUUUAUCUAGCAGAGUGUAAACCUUUUGAGAUUGUAAAUCCUGUUUUUAUUUUUUUGUAUCUUUCAGAAACACGACCAUGGACAUGUUCUGCUAGGAUUAGUGUUUAAGUUUCUUGAUUUGACAGAGAGAGACUAUUUUGGAUUGCAGAUUGAUUCCUGUGAGAACCCUGUAAGGAUGUCUUCCUGCUUUUUCCUAAUGUUAUUUAAUGUGUAAGAAUCGUAAUUGGCAUGGGUGAAAGAGUUUGUGCCAGCACUGUUACAAUGCACAGCUUAUAAAAAUUGGAUCCCAACUUUGGCUUUUGUUAAGAAAUUUCCUGCUGUGCUGUGUUGAUGCAUCACUUGGGCCCCUAAACUUGUGUGACUCAUGCAGUCACCAUACGUUUGUCAACAGUUCAUCCAUUCAGUCCGUCCUAUUUCCUGUCUGCCUAAAACCUACUUACAUGUAAUUUGGUUCAUCUUUUUCUUGCCCCAAAUAUUGUCUAAGUGGGAUUUUCUCUACUACUGUUGAUGUUGUCUUAUUCCCCAUAUCCAUCAGAUUCCACAAUCUACAUGUUACCAUAUCAUCUGUCUGGCUUCCAAUCAUGCUGUCUGUCUGUAGCGCUCUUUCAUGUAGAUUAGAUAUUGCUUGGCCCUCAUUGACCUUAAAUAAACUAAUUUCUAUGUGUCUUAAACUUGUUAUUUUAACAACUGAUGAUAUUAUUUAUCAGCCGUUUUUACUGUGCAUAUAUGCCAAUAUAUAUAUAUAUAUAUAUAUAUAUAAAAAUACAUUUUGAAUGUGACUUUUUUGUUUUAGCGGUGGCUAGACCCAAAUAAACCCAUCAGAAAGCAGCUGAAGAGUAAGUAAAUUGUUCUCUGUCUUGUCCAGUGCGUGGGUUCAGCUUUGUGCGCUCUGUUUUGUCCUGCAAGUUUUGUUUGUCAUUGUUACAUGCUUUUUUUAUCUUUUUUGCCUAUUUUUCAAUCCUUUUUGUGUUUGUUUUAUUCCUUCUGUGGGACUUUUUUUUUUUUGUAUUUUAUAUUUUCCUUUUUGUAUAUGUCUUAUAUUCUUAUGCGUUUGUUUUAUUCCUUGUUGUGUGUUUUCGUAGGGGGAUCUCCUCACAGCUUGAACUUCAGAGUCAAGUUUUUUGUCUCUGACCCAAGCAAACUGCAGGAGGAAUAUACAAGGUAGGACCAGUUACUAAGAAAGGUCUUUAUUUUUCUAACUGUCUUUAUGAGAUAAGACCUUGUACAUGUAACAAUGUGAAGCAAAAGUUUGAAUGAUAAUUAUUACUCCCUUUCUGAUAUGAUGGUAACAGUGAUGUGGAUUGUGAUACUAUUUUGCAGAAUAUUGUUAUUUAUGGUAUGUGAAUCAGAAGUAAUGAGUCGAAACUCAGUCUGGCUCGCUACCAAUAAAGAUAACAUGUGAUUGUAUCUUUAUUGAAUUCUGGCACAUUAGAUAAAAUGUUUUCACUGUCAAGGCCAGCGCAUGUCAUAGACACUCAGUUUACAAUGCACAUGGAAUCAUGAAAAGACUGGUUUUAACAUUUUAUCUGAAGAUAUUUGACCAAAAUAAUUUAUUAUAAGUUUAUUAUAACAUUAUGAGCCCUUAGCGCAAAUAACUUGGUAACAUUGUCCAUAGAUAUGUAAUAAUGUAAUAUAUAACAAUCUCAAUGUCAUUACCAAUGGCUACCUUGCAGAGCAAGAAUGGAAAUAGGAAGUCACUUAUACAGCAUGUAUGCAUUACAAAAUAAUACACAAAAACUAUAAAUACAUAUAAUCAGUUAUUUUUAAUAGUAAUAAAUGACAGUCUCUCUUUAAGCCACCAGCCCUAGUCCAUUUGAUUGUGAAAUAUUGUGAUUGCUGCAGUUCAGUUGCAGAGUUUUUUCAACCUAUCAAUAUAAUGAAUUGUUUAUAUAAUGAGGAACAAUAUAAUAAAUCUCCCAUAGGAGAAGGUGUGUCCAAUAGCUUAAAUUGAUUCAUAUUAAAACAGCAGCUCUAAAGUACACAUUUGGGAAUACCCUCUUCCCCACUCACCAAAUACAACAAAUAUAGAGCAGAUUGUAACUGUUACACAUGUGCGUAUAGCUAAUAACGAGAUGCACUCACAUGGACAGGAGCCUAGACUUAAUCUGCACAAUAAAUUUAGGCUCCUGUCCAUGUGAGUGCAUUUAGUUAUCUGUACGCACAUGUGUAACCGUUACAAUCUGCACUAUAUUUGUUUUGUAUCUUUUCUUUUAUAUAUUCGUUGUCUUUCCUGUUGUACCCUAUCAAAAGGGUAAACGAUUUUUGGUUUGCACUAUCCAGCGACUUACUAUUUUUGUAUAGGUUUACCAUUUAUAUCACCUGUAUAAUGUGUAUAUAUUAUGAGUCUUGAGAUGUAUAGAAAAAAACUGCAGGUCAGUUACAGUGAAAGCAGGUUUAUCUUAUGCCAGAAACAGUUUAUGGUGACAACUCAACAGUUUUACUUCAGAAAUGUGUACCUUUUAACAUAAAUUCAGACUUUCAUCAUCAUUCGAAGGGCUAAGAAAUAACAGAAUCCUAUUGGGAGCAAGCCUUGUCCCCACUAGAUCCCUCUCUGCGAAAGCACCUUGUAGUCAAGUAAUUUGAUAGUUCAGCGUGAUUUAUAUUCAUCAGAUUCAGCACAGAACGUUUGACUAACCAGCCUCUCUCUUCAGGUACCAGUACUUUCUUCAGAUAAAACAAGACGUUCUAACAGGCAGGUAAGACAAACUGGUAAUUGGCACAAUUCCUUAACUCCCCGUGAGAGAUUGGCAGUUAAUUGUAGUUAACAUCAUUUUCAAGCUAUGUUAUGCUGCUGGAUUGUAAAUGUACAGAUAAUGUUCUGAAGUCUCUGUAACAUUUUAUAAUAAAAUGGCGUGCCACACAUGUUCUUUAUUAGACUUACUGCAUUGAGGGCACUUGUAAGGAAAUCUUUCCAUCUUUGAAAGAUAUGUUUAUGUAUGUGUGACGGACCGCUGGCACUCUGACCGAGUACCUCUGCCAAUCGAUGCUCCUAGUGCUCACCCAGGACUCCAAGCACUCCAUGCAACACCAUCAGCACUGCAGACCCCAUUUCCAGCAACACAACUGCACCAGGGUCUUGCUGUCUCCACCCACCCUGGACCCAAGGCUAGGAUCCAGCUCCAGUGGGUGAACCUCUCUUUCCCCAGAGAGCAUAACAGGAACAGAACAGCUCUUACAAGAGCUCAGUGAUUAUAGCAAGAGAGUAUGACGAGCAUAGCAAUCCCUUUUAGCAGAUUCCACCAAUAAGAGACAGGACUUAGAUUGAGGAUGAAGAACUGUCUAAAACUUUAUUUCACUUGGGACUAUCCCAUAUGGUCAUUACAUUAACAUUGCUGUGAAAACUCCAUUAAAUUACAAGCAGUCAAAUCAUAGCAGGCAGCAUACAGUGACUUAUUAUAACAUAAUUACAUAUUUAUAAAUGGGUGGGGAAGACCAUAUUUAACACAAAAUUUCUCUCCUGCAUGCAGAAUUAGCAAUAUGCAAAUCUACCCGAAUAUGCAAACUACCAGUCUUGCUAUUCGGGUAGUGCAUAUUACUGUUGCUACCAAUAGAGGGCACUACACAAGCUCCAUAGCCAAAUCCACCUAGUUGGUAGCAAUCCUCAGCAGCACUGGAGAGCAGGCAAUACAUCCCAGGGGCCAUAGGCACAUGGCAAGAGGCUAGCAAUCAGUCCUCUCCAGGCACAAGUGGCGAUGUUAAUUUAGCCACAGUAUAGAUUAAAUUAAAAUAGAGGAAUUCAUUAUGAAACAUAUAAUAUGAUCCGUGCAUUAUGAGAUGUAAAGUGCAUGCAAAUGUAUAGAUAACCUAUUAUUCUUUCCUUUAAUAUUUGAGCUUCUAUCAAUAUUAACAGAACAAAGUAAGAAUGGCUUCUAAUGCUUAUUGGCAAAGAUCUGUACUGUCUGCUGUGGUUGAUUGCAUAAAAAAUAUCAUAUAUAUAUAUUGACAGUAGUGAAUUGGACCCAAACCUGUAAUUGAAGUGACACAUAUAUUCUGCAUUUACUGAUCAUUUUGUUAGUACUGUGUAUAGAUUAAAUAUUUUACUUCUCCAAAGUCUGUUCUAUAUUAGUCACACUUGUAAUGACUAAUGUCUGGUCGAUGGUAAUAUAUACCGUAUUUAUUUUUUUCCAUGCAUCUGUUUGUUCUUUCUUUUUCUGUACAGAUUGCCCUGUCCUUACAAUACUGCAGUGCUAUUGGCUUCUUAUGCAGUUCAGUGUAAGUAUAAAUAUCAAGUGUCAGUAGCCAUUAAUUGGAUUGGGAUUUUCCAAGAAUUCAGUGUGACUGGUUCUUGUUCUUUAUCAUUUUUUAAAAUUAUUUAAGGAAUAUUCUCUUCAUUUUUCUUAUUGGAAAUUUAAAAAAAUGUCAUACACUAUAGCCCAUAUGUGUAUUAUUUUGAAUACAUACAUUAGGCUGUGUGUACACCAUGCUCACAGCACAAACAAUCCAUACUGGCCCACACACACCCGCGUCUGCCCAUCUGCUAUCAGAAUAAUACAUAUACAUAUCGGCUAUAUUACAUAAUCUCUUAUUUUCAAAAAUGAUGACACAAUCAUGGCACUUUUCCUUGACUUAAAAAUAUAUCUCAUUUAUUUUUUAUUUAAAUCUACUGCAUCAUUUGCUCUGUGUAUGAGGGUGUAGAGGUUUGUGGCUAUUUUCAUUAACACAUCUCGUUUCCUGAGCAGGAAGCUGUGUUAGGACAAGAGUGGAAAAUGAGGGUGAAAAAGAGAAUUGCUUCCCACAGCCUGCUUAAAAAUAACAUGUUUGGGUUAAAUUAUACCGCUCAUGUUAGCUGCUCCUGGGUUUCUUCAAUAAACAGAUUCACUGGGAUCUUGUCCUCUGUAUGUAUUCGUUUACAAUAAGAAUCUUGCAGAAUGUUGGCUUUUGCUUCUGUCUGCUGACAGCACCUGCCUGCAGGGAUAUCCCCUUGUUUUCUUUUGGGUGGUCUUCUUGGCUUAAUGCUGGGCAUACUCACAGCGGCUUUCCUCUGGGCUCUUGUUGGAUGUAUUUUUAUGCACUGGUUAGUUUGGUCCUUUUUGGUUUUAAAGAAACAAAUAAUGUGAAAAUAAAAAAGAUAAUUUUAGUAUGGAUUUAAUUUUCAAAAUAAUAAUUAUAAUGCUUACCUGGCUUUAGAGCUGAUUUUUAUCUCCCCUACAGUGAUAUUGUGAUUUAAAACAAUUGUAUUUUAAUUGUAAGAUUUUGAAGUUCACACAAUGUUAAUGGCAGUGUAGGGAGAUGACCAUAGAUUGGAAGAAUCAGACUAAUGUAAGUAGUGAACUACAUGGCUGGUAUGACUAAAAAAAAAUCACCUAAUAUUUCCACAUAGUUCUCAAUAUGUCAUUUGUGGAAUGCAUGCUAUGGGUCAUGUGAGUGAUGGUUGCCCUGUCACACGUGGGGUGUACAUGCCUGUGUCAUGGUUUCUCUCUGGUAUAGGAUACACGCUGCAGUUAAUAACCUUUUUUCGUUUUCUCUUUCAAAGCUGAAUUAGGAGACUACAGCAAUUCAGAUCACUUGCCUGGCUAUCUUGGAGAUUUCUCAUUCAUCCCAAUCCAACCAGAAGACUUUGAGAAAGAAAUAGCAAAAUUGCAUCAACAGCACACGUAACUUCCCCCUAAUUUAUUAUUAUAGCGGCAACAUAUUCUGCAGUGGUUUAUAACUUUACAUUGUGGAUGUUUAAUGUCCAGUAACUUAAAAAAAAAAACCAAAAAACGUAAAAAAUUAAGGUUAAGAGGGUUCUGGCCGAAUGAGCAAUCUAGGAUACCCUAAAGCUGAAAUUUGAAAGGAAUGUUUCUGUACCUGUGGAUUAAGCAUUUACAGGCCUUUUUUAAUUGCUCACUGAUUUCCUGCCUAUUAAACAUGCAGGUACACAGCUUUCACAGAACAGUUAUUUGUGGGAAUAAUUAACCAUGUUCUUACCUUGGACAUUGGUUAAUGCAUUUGAUUUACCUAUGUUCCAGUUUAAAAUGUAUAUUUACUUAAUUGAGCGAGCAAUGAUUUAAAGUAUGUACCCUCUCUUCUUUUACUCAGUAAUUGAAGUAUAAUUUGCUGCAGCAAGCAUGUUUUGUUCACUAUGAGCCACUUAAAGGGACACUAUAAUCAACUGAACAACUUUAGCUUAAUGAAGCCGUUUUGGUGUAUAGAACAUGCCCCUGCAGCCUCACUGCUUAAUCCUCUGUCAUUUAGGAGUUAAAUCCCUUUAUUUAUGAACCCUAGUCACACCUCCCUGCAUGUGACUUGCACAGCCUUCCAUAAACACUUCCUGUAAACAGAGCCCUAUUUAGGCAUUCUUUAUUGCAAGUUCUGUUUAAUUACGAUUUUCUUAUCCCCUGCUAUGUUAAUAGCUUGCUAGACCCUGCAAGAGCCUCCUGUAUGUGAUUAACGUUCAAUUUAGAGAUUGAGAUACAAUUAUUUAAGGUAAAUUACAUCUGUUUGUUAGUGAAACCAGUUUUUUUUUCAUGCAGGCUCUGUCAAUCAUAGCCAGGGGAGGUGUGGCUAGGGCUGCAUAAACAGAAACAAAGUGAUUUAACUCCUAAAUGACAGAGAAUUGAGCAGUGAAAGAGCAGGGAAUGAUCUAUACACUAAAACUGCUUUAUUUAGCUAAAGUAAUUUAGGUGACUAUAGUGUUCCUUUAAUAAUUUGAUUACCAACACCAACAUUUCCCCUCACCUUAUAUGAAGGUGUGUUAAUGUAGAUUUCAGGGUGAACUGCAGAAAAUCACUGUUGGCUGAUCCAUGCACUCUAUCGACCACAGGCUGUUUGCGGUUAUAACUCCAGAAAGCAAUGGAUUUAAAAAUUAUUUAAUAAUGUCUUCAUGGUGAGAUGGUCCACCAGGAGAAGCAACAGUACAGGGAGGAUCAUCACACUUGUUGGUUCUAAUUUUCCUUUUCCAUGAUGUUAUCUGCUGAAACCUGCUGAUUAUUAUUAUUCAUACUUUGCACAUUUGGUGAAUGAUUUUUGGGCAUUUUAAUACUUUUUUUUUAGCUACUGCAGUCCAUUGUUUGUAUUCAUGGGUAUAUAGUAUUACGGUAUUUCUACCAUUUCUGAGUUUGUCGUUUGCGAGACCAAACAAGCUGUAGCUCUCAAUGCCUACGUUUAGGACAGGUGGGUAGUGAUAGUGAUUGUUAUCCUGGCUGUAUUGUAGCUGGAGUUAAAGUAUCGCUGAAGGAUUAACAGGCUUUCCUUUCCUAAAUGCCUGCAUUAUCUUUCUUCAGAGGCCUGACACCGGCAGAGGCAGAAUUCACUUAUCUCAACACCGCGCGGACAUUAGAACUUUAUGGUGUCGAAUUGCACUAUGCUCGGGUAAGUGAUUGCUUAUGUUUUUUUUUGGUUUUUUUGUGAAUUAUCCACUCAAUCCUCAUCUCACAUCUAAUUUGUCCGCAGUAUAUGUGUUAAAGGAGGAAAUUUUGGGGAAUUUUUUUUUUACCGGUUUGUCCUUAUUCAUUGAUCCCUCUGAUCAGCCAUUAUGGAAUAUGGGCUGUCUCUGAUCAGCCAUUAUGGAAUAUGGGCAAUACUUGUAGGGUGCUACCUAAUAAAAAUAAAAAGUCUCAAUAUAAAAUGGGUAAUGCUGAUAGUAUUCAUAAAUAAGUCACCACAAUGUUGAGAUGGUCCAAUAUUUUAAAUAAUGUAUUCACUCUCGUCAUAAAAAAGAGCAACAUAGCGUGAUACAGUAACAAUGUAGUACAAAAACUUUCCCAGCCCCCUUAUAAAACAAAUCUCCACGUUUGUGAGGCCAAGGAAUGUCCUCUUGUAACAGGCACUAUCUACGCGUUUCGCCCAUCUGAUGUGGGCUUUGUCAAGAUUAGUGCCGCGGCUGACACUGAAUCACUUUAUACCCUCGACUGAGGCUAAGCAACCAAUUAUUCUUAAAGGUACACUGGAGUAUAGGCAUUUCAAAGACUUAACGCUUCAUUCCACCAUAAUUCAACAAAACAAUGAAGAAUUAACCAUUUGCAGCAUAGUGUAAUGAAUAUAUAAACAGUACUAAGAAAAAAACCUUAUUAUAAUGAAAUAAAAUCAAUCAAUAAGGGGUCUCUUGUGACCCACUCUUACAGUAUACAAGUACAAUAAAGGUAAAUUGGAUAUAAUCAUAUCAUAGUUCUCAAAAUUUAUAGAACAUCAUAUAAACAUUGUCAAAUUUUAAAAAUAUCAUCAAAGUAUAUAUAUAUUCAAUCCAACGAGUUUUUCAGUGUGUUUUAGCAGCUUCUAAAUUUGUCUCAUAAUAUUUUUAGCCAAUUUUCCAGUAAUUUUUCCAGUAUAUCUAUUCAUUAUCGUGCUCUCUUUUACUUUUUUACUUCCUAUAGAAUAUGGGCUGUCUCUCAUUGGUCAUUAUGGAAUGUGAGCUGUAUUUCAUUGAUCUUUAUGAAAUAUGGGCUUUCUGAUCGAUCUUCAUGAAAUAUGGACGCUCUUGUCUUAAUGGAAUAUGGGCUGUUUCUGAUCGGUCAUUCUGAAAUAUGGGCCGUCUCUGGUCAUUCUGAAAUAUGGGCCGUCUCUGGUCAUUCUGAAAUAUGGGCCGUCUCUGGUCAUUCUGAAAUAUGGGCCGUCUCUGGUCAUUCUGAAAUAUGGGCCGUCUCUGGUCAUUCUGAAAUAUAGGGCCGUCUCUGGUCAUUCUGAAAUAUAGGGCCGUCUCUGGUCAUUCUGAAAUAUUGGGCCGUCUCUGGUCAUGAAAUAUGUCAAACAACAAUAUACAGGUGGCGCUAAGAAAAAUACUCCAAACACAAUAGCAUAUACUAAGAGCAAUAAAAGCACACAGGAUAUAAAACUUGAAAGAAUAAAAAAUACCAAAUGGUACGGCACAGUCUCGAAGGUGGCAAUAGAUCUUCUAGUCCUGGUAUGGGACUUGUUUGGUAGCUUCGCUUAAUAGCAGUAUAUGAAAAGAAAGCAAAACAGAGGCAAACCAAUAGUGCAAUAUGGUAGUACGUGGUAGGACGAACGACCCUUAGAUAAGAUGUCAACUCACAUAUGGUAGAGCUAUAACCAGCUCUAGAUAAAACAGCAUGCAGUGGUAUACAAUCCCUACUUGCAGGAUAUCCCUCUGGUUUUGGUACACAGUAGAAUGGUAGUAAAUCACUACGGGAUAACGGUGAGGUAGAUCAUAUGGAAUGACAAAAAAGCAGCCACUAGUCAAUAUUUACCUUAUUGAUACUUCCCUAUCUAUAUAGAGAAUAUAGAUAGGGAAGUAUCAAUAAGGUAAAUAAAAAUAUACUUACAAUAGAGUGAGCAGACUAACCGCUCUAUGGAUCAAGCCUGAGUGGUUUAAUCCCCACCAAGGAUUUCUUUUGUUGGUUUUCCGCAGUAGGUAAUGGAUCCAGAUGUCAGGUAAAAGUAUAAAAAUAAAUAAUAAGUUCUUAAAAUAUAUGGCUAAAAGGCAGGUAGUGAGAUAGCCAAAAUACUUUAUUUAACAACAGCAUAAAAACCACAACACGUUUCUCCCCUUAGGGCUUUCUCAAGAGGUUCUUUGUUCAGCAUUAUGAAAUAUGGGCUGUCUCUGGUCCUUAUGAAAUAUGGACUGUCUCUGAUCGGUCUUAAUGGAAUAUGUGCUGUUUCUAGUUAUUAAUAGAAUGGGAAAAAUAAUUUUUCACAAAUCUGAAAGUUUUGUCUAAAGUUUGGAAUUCAGUUUUUGGAAAUUUGCCACAUUAUUUCAAAGAAUAUUUUUUUCCUGAUUGUUCCCCUUCAAGCAACUUGUUAUUUUUACUGCAGUUUUUAAUUUGUUUUAUUGACACUUUUAAUGUGAACUCAUCAUUCCCAAAUGAAUGGAGGAGAGAUUUCUUUUUAGCUGUGUUAUCAAAUGUGAUCUAUGCUUUUCUGCUUGCUUAAUCACCAGAAAAUAUGUAGGGCAAUAGAUUAUUUAUUUAAAAUCUUUAAAUGAGAUGUGUUUUUUUUCCUUCUUAGAUUCAUUGUUGGCUCUCCAUGAGAGUGAAUGGGUUUAGAGUGCACUAACUGGUGCUGAAAUUAUUUCAGACACUUCAAAGACUAUGCAACUGUGAUCAGUCAAUGCAGUGUGUAUUUUCUAAUUAAUAGGUGGGGGUUUAACUGCUGGGCUAUAGCCCUGGGUAUACCCAGGAAACCGUAAACUACCUUGUUUUAAGUUAAAUUUGAGUAGUGAUGUAAAAUGCAAUCAGAUUAGUGGACACGUGAUAUUACAGCAUUCAGCAUUUCUCUGAUGUGUUAUGGUCUAUGUGAUCUUACUGCUGGUAGAGUAGGGCUGGAGAGCUAGUGAUGCUAAAGAUUGAGCUGUGUCGGAUAGCCGCACUUUUAAUGGAGCUCUAUUUAUAAUGUUUAUCUGGGAUGUUAGUUCCUGUAAAAGAUCAGUUUAUACCAGUAAUGGUUAGGAAGCCAGAUUAAACCAAGGAAUGGCUGGCAACAAAUACCAAUUUCUACCACCUAUUUAGCUCCCAAAGGCUUAUAAUCUAAAAAUACCUACCUGACCAAAUUGGAAACCUGCCCUAUGUUUUGCAUACUUUACAUCCUUCAUGCCAACAAUGUCAUUUAGUGUUUAUUUUUUUAUUUUUUUUUAUUUUAGGAUCAAAGUAACAAUGAGAUUUUGAUUGGUGUCAUGUCUGGAGGAAUACUAAUUUACAAAAACAGGGUACGCAUUAACAGCUUUCCAUGGUAAGGAGCUCGCUUAUUACAUUUUUAACUAAAAUUGUUAAAGAUGUAUUUUUUUUUUUUUGUAUUAUUUUUUUUGCAAACUACCAAUUUAAUGUGUGUCUGUGUGGAGAUUAUUAUUAAUAUGAUAUUUAUAGAGCGCCGUCAAAUUCCGCAGCGCUUUACAAUGGGUGGACGAACAGACAUGUAGUUGUAACCAGACAAGUUGGACACACAGGAACAGAGGGGUUUAGGGCCCUUCUCAAUGAGCUUACAUGCUAGAGGGAGUGGGGUAUAGUGACACAGCAACAGAGGGAUUGAGGCCCUGCUCAGUGAGUUUACAUGUUAGAGGGAGUGGGGUAUAGUGACACAGUAACAGAGGGAUUGAGGGCCUGCUCAGUGAGUCUACAUGUUAGAGGGAGUGGGGUAUAGUGACACAGUAACAGAGGGAUUGAGGGCCCUGCUCAGUGAGUUUACAUGUUAGAGGGAGUGGGGUAUAGUGACACAGUAACAGAGGGAUUGAGGCCCUGCUCAGUGAGUUUACAUGUUAGAGGGAGUGGGAUAUAGUGACACAGUAACAGAGGGAUUGAGGGCCCUGCUCAGUGAGUUUACAUGUUAGAGGGAGUGGGGUAUAGUGACACAGUAACAGAGGGAUUGAGGGCCUGCUCAGUGAGGUUACAUGUUAGAGGGAGUGGGGUAUAGUGACACAGUAACAGAGAGAUUGAGGGCCUGCUCAGUGAGUUUACAUGUUAGAGGGAGUGGGGUAUAGUGACACAGUAACAGAGGGAUUGAGGGCCUGCUCAGUGAGUUUACAUGUUAGAGGGAGUGGGGUAUAGUGACACAGUAACAGAGGGAUUGAGGGCCCUGCUCAAUGGGCUACAUGUUAGAGGGAGUGGGGUAUAGUGACACAGUAACAGAGGGAUUGAGGCCCUGCUCAGUGAGUUUACAUGUUAGAGGGAGUGGGGUAUAGUGACACUGUAACAGAGGGAUUGAGGGGCCUGCUCAGUGAGUUUACAUGUUAGAGGGAGUGGGGUAUAGUGACACAGUAACAGAGGGAUUGAGGGCCUGCUCAGUGUGUUUACAUGUUAGAGGGAGUGGGGUAUAGUGACACAGUAACAGAGGGAUUGAGGGCCUGCUCAGUGAGUUUACAUGUUAGAGGGAGUGGGGUAUAGUGACACAGUAACAGAGGGAUUGAGGGCCUUCUCAGUGAGUUUACAUGUUAGAGGGAGUGGGGUAUAGUGACACAGUAACAGAGGGAUUGAGGGCCUGCUCAGUGAGUUUACAUGUUAGAGGGUGUGGGGUAUAGUGACACAGUAACAGAGGGAUUGAGGGCCUGCUUAGUGAGUUUACAUGUUAGAGGGAGUGGGGUAUAGUGACACAGUAACAGAGGGAUUGAGGGCCUGCUCAGUGAGUUUACAUGUUAGAGGGAGUGGGGUAUAGUGACACAGUAACAGAGGGAUUGAGGACCUGCUCAGUGAGUUUACAUGUUAGAGGGAGUGGGGUAUAGUGACAGUAACAGAGGGAUUGAGGGCCUGCUCAGUGAGUUUACAUGUUAGAGGGGGUGGGGUAUAGUGACACAGUAACAGAGGGAUUGAGGGCCUGCUCAGUGAGUUUACAUGUUAGAGGGAGUGGGGUAUAGUGACAGUAACAGAGGGAUUGAGGGCCCUGCUCAGUGAGUUUACAUGUUAGAGGGAGUGGGGUAUAGUGACACAGUAACAGAGGGAUUGAGGGCCUGCUCAGUGAGUUUACAUGUUAGAGGGAGUGGGGUAUAGUGACCCAGUAACAGAGGGAUUGAGGGCCUGCUCAGUGAGUUUACAUGUUAGAGGGAGUGGGGUAUAGUGACACAGUAACAGAGGGAUUGAGGGCCCUGCUCAGUGAGUUUACAUGUUAGAGGGAGUGGGGUAUAGUGACACAGUAACAGAGGGAUUGAGGGCCCUGCUCAGAGAGUUUACAUGUUAGAGGGAGUGGGGUAAAGUGACACAGUAACAGAGGGAUUGAGGGCCUGCUCAGUGUGUUUACAUGUUAGAGGGAGUGGGGUAUAGUGACACAGUAACAAAGGGAUUGAGGGCCCUGCUCAGUGAGUUUACAUGCUAGAGGCAGUGGGGUAUAGUGACACAGUAACAGAGGGAUUGAGGGCCCUGCUCAGUGAGUUUACAUGUUAGAGGGAGUGGGGUAUAGUGACACAGUAACAGAGAGAUUGAGGGCCCUGCACAGUGAGCUUACAUGCUAGAGGGAGUGGGGUAAAAUGACACAAGAAGGUAAUGACACAAAAACUAAAACCUUGUAUGGUCAAAUUCUAAGAAGGAUUUCAAUUCAUAUAAAUGUGUGGAAUAAUACAAGCUUACACUAUUACCAUAGGUAAACUCAUUUAAAAGAUGGUGUCAUUUAACAAAUACUUUUCUUGGGUUUAAUCCGUCCAUUGUCUCAGAAAGCUGACUGUCUGUAUCCACAUCUUCCAGAAAUGUCCCCGAGAAUGAAGCUCUAUACUGGCUAGUGCUAAAGUCAAUAAGGGGAUUAAUCUCCAAACGAUGGUGGCCAUCUCUAAAACCGUCAUAUAAAGUAUCCAGGUAGAAAUGGAUUUUCCCUCCUGAUUAGAGGCAGUGCACAGGAAUAUCCACCAUGUCUUAACAGGAAUUGGCAGGCCGGCACACUAGAAAUGUCAAAGUUAAGCCCACAUGGCAUAAAAAGAACAAGCCAAGCUGAUGCCAAGGAGGGCUCUGCUCUUACAGGGAAGAAUAACUCUAGGUGGACGUGGUUCUUCCCUCCUCUUUUCUUCAGCGUUGGAAUGCUCGCUGGGUGCCUGCUUCCAAGCCUGGUAAUGACAAUGGUGCAUUACACGCAUUUGCUGGGACGCUUUUUGGCGGUAGGACACACGCACAUGUUACAACAGGGGAUCGUUACACCCAUGCGCAAAGUUAUUUCUGAUUUUAGGCCCCAAAUUAAAGUUUUCCAGGGCUGUGGAGGCUCUUUAUUCCCAGCUGCAACUACCUGUUGGCCGGGGGCUGUCAGCUUUGUUGCAGUGUGCUCUCACGCUCUCUUUGUCUUUUAUUUCCUUUAUUUUCCUAAAUAAAAAAAAAUAAAAAAUAAAAUAUUUAAUUUCUUCCCAUAUAAUAUACUUUUUUAAAUCUGUUUAAUCCUGAGACUCCAGAUCAACCCAUUGAGAAAAGGUGAUGUCUAUCAAAAUCAAAGCAUUUGAUAUCCUGCAACCAACCUAUAACAGACAGAUACAAAAAUAAAAUUUGUAGCAUCUGAAUAAGCUAAAACAACGAAAGUAUUUUAAUUUUUAUCAUGGUUCCAGAAGAGUUUGCUGCAGACCUUUUUGGAUAUUAGACCUGCGGCCAUUCAAUCAGCCCAGUCAGCUGUGACUCCUAAGCCCGUGUUUAAAAUCUCAUCCUAAAAGAUUUUAUUUCAGAAACUUCCUCUGCUUGUUCAUCUUCUGAAUACUCGGCACAAAUUAUUUUCCAGGUUAGAAUCUGAAUAGACUUAUCAUAGAAGUACAAUGAUGGAAGACGAGGAUUCUAUUAAGAUCAGGAAUCUGUCAAGCACAAAAAGUCAAAUCUUUGCAUUUCAUCCUAACUGAAAGGAAUUGAUGCUGAGUGAAUGGACAUACCCGUCUAAAAGAGCCUUUAUUUGUAAGCACCUGAACCACCUUUUGGACCGUUAGUGGAAUGCAAUCUCAAGAUCCUUACCUGGAAAACUGUCUUUCUGGUGGCCGCUAUAUCAGUGAAGCGACUUUGACAACUUCAGGCUUUAACAGCUAAUCCUCCUUUUUCUUUUUUAAUGAAUAUAAUUUUUAUUUAUUCUUGUGUUACUUAUGCGGAGAUCGGAGACUCGCAGGUCUCUAAGGUGAGUAGUCAUAAUUUUUCCUUGAAAACAACAAUGUAUGUUUGGGCUCGCAGGCCCACAAUGUUGACGGACUUGCAAGUCCCUAUUUUCCAGGUUCACAAGCACCUUCAAGUACAUCUUACCAUCUGCCAUUUGUUUUCCUAAUUGGGUUUUGUUUACAUGGUUUAUACGUUUCAUGUAUAGUAGCCGGUGGUCUCCUUAUGUUUGUGUUGAGGUUCGCAGACCUCGUAUGCAGCCUUUAUUGUUAGGUGCCGUUCAUGUCCCUAAAUUUAGUGUUGGGCUUUGUGCCUGUAGCAGAUUAAUGUGAGUCUCCCCUUAGUGUCCCGGGUGUCCUGUAUCUAGGGUACAGUGUACCUGUGUUGAGAGGGUUAUGACUCAUAUUUCGGGGGGGUUUGAACGUGGUUCGUUGCUGCCCUCAGGCUAUGUUGUGGUUAUCCCGUCUGCUCGGUCUAUGUUUCAUUAGGGUCGUGUCUCUUGGAAUUUAUGAGUUGUGUGUGAACCCGUAUGGGUUUUCCGUUCAGGGCCCUAGUGUCUCCUCUAUAUGAAAUAAUUUCUGCUUUGACUGGGGUAUCGUCCUGUGUGGGUCUUUAGGAGAGAGGGGGUGGGAAAGGUCGGGGUUAGGGUGAGGAGGGGGGUGUCUGCAGUCGUUGUCUCCGUCGUCUGUCGUCUAGUGGGUGUUCUAAGCCUAACUGUCCGUGGUUUGGCGUACGUCUGUUCCGAGUUCCAUUUGGAAUCCUUCCUUAGCUGUCUCUAGGAUCCAAUAUGUCCAAAUGUCCGUGUAGGUCUUUGUGGUUACGUUAGUCGUCAUGGUCAGUUCUUCUGUUAUUCUGAGUUCCUCCAUUUGGCUGAACCAAGUCUUAAGUGGAGGUGUUAUGUUCUGUUUCCAGUAUUGGGGGAUUACCCGUUUGGCUAUAUUGAGUAUUCGGAUGGUCAUGGAUCGUUUGUACUUAGAGUGUGGUGUAGGAGUGUGGUGUAGGAGCAUUGCUGCUGGUUCCAAGGGGGGUGGUUCGUCCGUGAAUUUCUCGAGCAUUCUGUGUAUGUUUUGCCAGUAUGGUUUAAUUUUUGUGCAGUCCCACCAGAUGUGUUUCAUGUCUCCCUCUUCUCGUUGGCAUCUCUAGCAUAGGCCAGAUUGAUCUGGGUUUAUCUGAUGUAGGAGGUGUGGUGUCCUAUACCAGUGGGUUAGUAAUUUGUAGGCUGUCUCUGGUGUUUUACUGUGUGUGGAGCAGUGGUGUGUGAGGUAGCAGAUGGAUUCCCAUUCUGUGUCUGUCAAUGUGUGUCCCAGGGCUUUCUCCCAUUUCCCCAUAAAUACAGGUGUCUCAGUUGGGAUGUCUGUUUGCAACAUGGUGUAUAGGAAGGACACUCCGUGUGGGAGCGGGUCUGGGUGCAUGCAUAUCCCCUCUAUUGUGGUAUGUUCUCUAGUGAGUGCUGGGCCCUGUGGUAGGGUGUGGAUGUAGUUGGUUAGUUGGGAGUAUCGAAAGUUGUGCAUGAAAGUCGGGGGUACGUCUCCCAUCAUGUCCAGAAGCUUUUUGCAUUUCCCGUUUUGCAUGACGUGAUGUAAGCAUGGGUGUGUGUCUGGAAGGAUGCCUCUAAGGGCCCUCGGGUCUAGCCCCGGGGUGAAGUCUUUGUUAAACGUCAAUGGAAGGAGGGGAGAGGGGUAUGGCGAUAUGUUUCCCUUCACCACUACUCUUCUCCAUAUUUUUAGGGUGUGUUUGGUGUAGAUGGACAUUUCGUCCCAGUUCGUCGCGUUUCGGUCCCAUGGCAGUCCCGAGAUUGGUCUACCCGCCUCCGUCUCCUCCACCGUCUUCCACAGUUUGUGUACCCUGUCUUUUGUCCACUCUACAACUCUCUGUAGGUGUGUGUAAUCCUCCUUUUUCAUAUGGACAAAGUAAUUUUCAAGCUUGCCCCAUGUUUUCUCCAUAAAGUGUUUUUUUUUUUUUUUUCGGUGGUCAAUAAUUAAUCAGGAAAUUAUUCUCCCAACAUUCUGUCAGAUCCCUCAGAAGAGUAAGAAAAGUAAAUUUCAUGGCCUUGAUGUUAAAUGCACACUGCAGUACUAUUUGGAGGGGAAGAAAACGGCAUUUUUUGUCAUUUUGAAAGGCCUGUUUGCUCGGUCAGGGUCAAAAGACAGAUCUCAUGGCAUUCAAAGGCUCAUUGGCAAAAUGGAUUAAAGAAGCUAUCAUUCUGGCCCACACGUCUUCUAAAGUUGCUCCUCCACUUCAUUUAAAGACUCAUUCCACAUGGACAAUGGCUAUAUCCUGGGCCUCUAAGAGACUGGGAACUGCAGCUCAGAUAUGAAAGGCGGCUACUUGGUCCUCCAUUCACACUUUCUCAAAACAUAAGUUAGACAUUCUGACCUCUGAAGUUUCUGUUUUUGGGCGCAAUGUGCUUCAAGCUGUGGCCAAAUGAUUUCUACCUGCUCUUUAGAUAUUCCUUGUUCAUCCCAGUUGUUGUGCACUGGCUCUAAUCUGGAAAGAUUAAAAAAAAUUUUUAAUUUUUCUUUAGAAUUAGAGGCAGUGCACAUAUUACUCCCUAUUUAAUAAAUCUAUAUUUGCCUUUACUUGGCUCGUGUAUUUUCUGGGGUUACAAAGUUGGUUCGGGGGGUUUAUGCCAUGUGAGGAGGAAUAACAGGCAAACCUUAACGUUUAUAUUUUUAGUUUGCCUUCCUUUUCCUGCCCAGACAUGGUGAAUAUCCUUGUUGUUGUGCACUGCCUCUAAUCCUAAGGAAAAAUACAUUUACGGUCAGUAAAAUUUGGUCUUUUUGCAGGGUUGCUAUAACCUUUCAUUGUGCAAUGGAAAAUGGCUAUAUUUAUAUUAAACCAUUUUUUUUAAUUGAAUCCACUUUUUUUCCUCUCCCUAAUGUUUCUGGUUACUUGCAUCUGGGUACAGAAGCUUAAGGGUUAAAUCAAAUCAAGGAAUAAGAAUAUAUUAAUCUGUGUAAAUGAACAUUUACGCAUUAGUCUGUGAAGGUCACUGAACAUAGCUAGCAAAAUGAAAAAUAGGCCAAGUCCAAGGGUAUGCUACAUCUGUGCCCUCCUGUAACACGAUGAAUUGGAAUUAAAGGUAAUUGGAGCAUAACGAUAGGCAACGGGGGAACUUUGCUUUACCUACCCUGUAUGACUGGCGUAGAAAAGCUUAAUUUACCCCUGUAUGCUACAGUGCAGUAAUGGCUUGUGUAUAGCGCUGUGGGAGUGAUACAUGCCAUCUUGUGACUGUCUGCACUCCGCUACAGGUACAGCGCCAAAGUUGUCAUCUAUGGUAAUUUUGAAUGAUAUCAUUUUGGCAUUCUUAGCGUAUGUUAACAUUUAUUUUUGUGGUUGAGUGCAGUCCUCAUUUUGCUAUUUUUUUUUUCAUGUAUCCAAUAUUUAUUUGAUUUCCUUGUGCUUUGGUGUUUUUGUUUUCUAUUUUCAUUUCAGUGGUUAAUAACUCAAUUGUAUUUAUUUUGGGGGGGAAACAGAUUUGUGUAAUUUUUUAAUUAUUUGCUUAAAGGGACACUAUAAGCACCCAGAACACUUAAUCUCAUUGGAGUUGUCUGGGUGCAGUGACCUUGUCCCCUUCACCCUGCAAUGGGUGCAGAGUUAAGACUACCUCUUCAAUCAGACAGCCACUAGAGGCACUUCCUAGUGGUUAGGCAACUUUUGUUUCCUAACUGACACUGGACAUCCUCACGUGCUGCAUGAGGUCUUCCGGCAUCAGUCAAUUACCCAUAGGAAAGCAUUGCAGCAAUGGCCCUCCUAUGGGGAAUGCCUAGUGCGCUAGCGAUAUUAGCCACGCAUGAUCUUUAGCACCCCGCAUCGGGUGACAUCGGAGGGGGCAGAGAGCCGACCUAGCGCCGAGGAACAUCAGCUCUACAAUUUGGUAAGUACGGUAAGUGUUUAUUAACCCUUAUAGUGUGGGGAGAGGUAUAUCCCUGUAAUCGACAUCAAUGCCAUUUAUAUGAUUGAAAAUUUUAUACUCUGCAUUCAAAUGUUUUAUGAUACUUUAUUUCAGUCUGAUAUUUUACAUAAUUUAUUUUUGUUUACUUCAAGGUUGAAGAUUGUAAAAAUUUCUUUCAAGUGCAAACAAUUUUUCAUUCAGCUACGAAAAGAACUGGUGAGUAUUUUAGCUAAUGUUUUUGUGUAUGCUUUUAAUUUCACAACUGAUCAUGCCACCUCAACUGGCACACAACUCCUAUCCUUUCCACUCUCUCUUAUCUUGGAGAGUCUCUCUGUACAACCAAAAGAGGGGCAUUUUUUUUUUUUGGAGAUGUAAAAAAAUAUAAAUUGUAAAAAUAAGAACAUUGAAUGAAGCUUACUGUAGAGUAGUACAUUAUGUGUUGACGAAAGAUAUGGGGCAGGGUUUACCCAAACUCUCAAAACUUAUAAAAUAGAUAGAGGUGUCAGCCUAUUAUGUAGGAGCAGUGAGACUUGUUGCUUGGUGUACACAAACAUUCUAGAUAUUUUUAAGCUGGUCCCAGAGGCCAUAAACAUAUCCCCUAAUAAGGUAUUGUACAUUUAUACUGUGAGUGCUGAUCAGUAUUUGAUAGGGAUUCUGUGAGUGCUGUGCAGUUAGCAGAAUUGCACUGUGUGGCUGAAAGGUGGUCUGGCUGUUUCAUUGCUGCAUGCUGCGUUUUAAGACAAUUAUGUGAAGAAGCUUCCAAAGGAUUAGCAAUCCUGCUGGGUUUUGAGAUGCUAACUCUACACCCACCUAUCUCACUCUAGAGAUCUCUUUAACUGUCUGUUUGCCAAUGGACUCUGCAAUUCUCUAACCAGAGUCCUCAUGAAACUGGCAGUGCAUUAGGAGAGACAAGUCUGUUAAUACUGUGCAACGCAAAAAAACAAACUGGACAGAGUGUGAUUUAAAAGGAUUAAGUCUCUUCCAGGAUGAAACACAGAGACUAGUUAUUUUCUGUGUUGAAAAGCUUUUGGAUAAUGUGUUAAAACUUUAUAGCAACAAAAGCUGCCAACCGCAACACUAAAAGGUUAUUUACCAAUGUGAGAAGUAUAAGGAAUUACAAGUGAAUUUUAAAUUUUAAGCCCAAAGUAGCCAAACUGGACAUUCAGCUGACUUUAAUAAUGUGUUUAGUUCAGUUAUUUUAGCCUUGAAUUUGAGGUUCACGUUUUUAGUUUCUCUAAAACUGCAAUGAUUUACAUUGCAGGACUAAGGGGAAAGGGACAAUGCAUUCAGACCACUCCAAUGAGCUCAAGUGGUCUGGGUGCCUAUGGUGUCCCUAUAAGCACGUGGCUGGUAAGCUAUGUAAGUAAAACCUUCUGUAAACGUGUGGUAACCAAAUUCACUAUUAAUUUUGUUAAUUCUAAGCUAUACAUCGUGUUCUGGGAUAUUACCAGCAAAUAUAUAGAGGAAAUGUUAUUGUACUGACCAUAAGAGCUACAUCCAGGUCACAGACAGGGGCUGUGUGGGCAUUAUGUGUAACAACUUGGCCGAUGUUUUUAUAUGUCCAGAUUAUAUCAUUAUGCUUAUAGCAUGUGCUAGCAAUGUGGCUGUGAUUGCUUUUCCAGAAUGAAUACAGAGAGACCGUACUAGGAUUCAAUAUGGUGAAUUAUCGAGCCUGCAAGAACAUGUGGAAGGCUUGUGUGGAACAUCACACCUUCUUCCGCCUGGACUCGCCUCUGCCACCACACAAGAACUUCUUUUCCCAUUAUUUCACUUUGGGCUCUAAAUUUCGGUACUGGUAAGUGAUCUAUCAGAGCUAACAAACAAUGACUUUGGCUUGCCCUUAUUGUAAGAAAAUGAGAAUAAAGUAUGCAGUACAACACAGAUGUAUUCAGUUUGUCAAGAUGCUAGAUGAAGCAAGCGCACAGAAAUGUCGUUACUGUCAUUUUUAUUAUUGUGCAGAAUUAUUGUAUGCCAUAUUAAAACAAGUUCUUCACUUAUUUUGGAUUUUAAACUAACACUCAAAGCACCAUAACCACUACAAUUUGCUAUAGGGGUUAUGUUGCCAGGAGGGUCCUCGUGCCCUCCCACACCCAAUGUAAGUUGAAAAAAACAUUUGCUUUAAGUGUUUAUGUAGUAGCAUUUUGGCAUUGAUGAGCCAUUAACUUGAGGUAGACCUGUUGCAUUAAUCAAUACAUAAAAUUUUAAUUUUGGAUGCUUUAAAAAGAUUUUAGUUGUUCCAGCAGGUCAUUGCAAAGUUCUUGAGCUGUAAACAUUACUUGCUUUGUGGCUUUCAACUCUCUCACAGCAGUUAAAUGCUUCCCUUUUACUCCAGCAAAAUCUUUUUAAUUACCAUUUUCAUAGCAAUCCUGGCUGUCCUGGAAAAAUACCGCACUGUGUUCAUUUGAGUUUUAUUAAUUUUUCAAUUUUCUGUGAUGCUCAGCCUCUUGGGUAUGAUGGCUGGCUGAACAUCAGGGGAUGUGUAGUCUUAAAGCACCAGCAGUUCUGAGAUUGGUAAUUCAUGCUGUAGAGAGUGAAGUCAGCAAGUGCUACUCCCCGGAGUAAUCUGUCCUCGGGGCAGGCCGAACAUUUGUUGGAGAUCGAAUUCCACCUGCGUGUCUUGCGAGAGUCGGCAGACUCGCUCUCUCCAUUCAUAACAGUGUUGAAUAUUUCGCUGCUAGCUGACAAGCUCAAGUGUGCUGGCAACAUGUCCAUUUCUAAAAAUUACUGUGGCAAGAUCUUGGCCUUCUUACAUGCUCUCUUGUGUGCAUUCACGGUCUAGAAAGCAAACCUUCUAGAAUAACAAACCUUAAUUUUAUUUUCCGAGUAGCAGACCUGACCCUUUAACGAAUACAGCUCAAAUAAAUGUUUAAUGUUAAAUAGUUUCAUAAUUCCAAACAUACAUUUGAACCCAAGUACCAAGUGUUUGAUUGAAGGACAGGUAGAACAAGGGAAACUGUCAUAUUUGUUUUAGAAUUGUUUAAUGUGAAAGGUUGAAUUUUUUUUUUUCUAUCCUCCAUUUGUAUUAUUUAAAAUACAUGUAAUUAAAUACAGUACUUUAGUGCAUCUAUUGGCUUGCCCUUUACUAUUUUUAUUUUUUAAAACAAUAUAUUUGUUUUUAAUUUCAGUGACUGUUGAAGAGCAAAUGAAUUUGGGUACAGAAAGCAAACAAGUUAUUGCAUGGUGCGAUAACAUCACAAAGUCCAAUGCUUGUCCUCUAAUUGUAUUAAUAGAGGUCUAGUCACUGUGAUGGAAUAGGCAUCUGCACAUCUUGUAUUGGCAUAUAUAAAGGCAAUGCAAACCAGAACACCCUUCCUAAUGACAUAAAAGGGUUAAACAAUAACCCUAAAACGAAUUGAUUGCAUACAAGUAUCUCAUUCAGAAAAUGAAAGCAUUUUUUGAAGCAUAAUCUCCACAGACUACCAGGGAUGGGAAGCUAUCCUAUAGUUUAUAUGGUUCUAGUAUUUUCUCUAAUGAGGAGAGAGGGUCUAGCUCUCUUUCUCCCUGAUUUGGUCCAAAAAUAAAAUGAUCUGAUUAUUCAUUGGUGAACCCACUUCUUUCCAUUUUCUAGUGAUCAGCAUUUUCAUCCCAAGAAGAUUAUGGAAACUAGUUACUUAACUGAGCAGUGCCACUUUAGGAGUGAAGGGUACACAGUCACUUGAAGUAGAAGCUGAAACAUAUCUCUCCAAAUCGGAGCUACUUUUAGGCAACUCCACCAUGUAUGUAAUAAGGUCCCGGUUUGACCACAGUCCCUCUGUCUAGUGGCCGUGUUACUCUUCCUUAAUUUAAAGAUCAGGCAACCAUUUAUGUGACUGAUUGCUUCCAUUAUUGGGAAGCAGUUUACACAUGGUUUAGUUUGUUUUCUUUUUCUUUUUCAGUGGAAGGACCGAAGUCCAGUCUGUACAGUAUGGGAAGGAGAAGGCCAAUAAAGACCGGGUAUUUGCCAGGUAUGACCCCCUAAGCCAUGUCUUGCUCCCACUUCUGAUUGUGAACAUGAUUGUGUGCUGCAAUACCCGCUGUACCCCCCUAUUCCUUUUUAUCUUAGUGCUACUGGAUUUGAAGUGUAAAAUUCAGUCAUAAAUGAGGUCUGCCUUCAGGAUCCCUGUGUAAUCUCAAAGGGACAAAUUAACAUCAAAAGAUAAAUAUAUUCAGGCUUUGUUUUUCUUUUUUUUUUUUCUUUCUUCAAGCAAGUUAUGACAAACAUACACACUUGUUUAAACGGUGACUGCAAAUGUGACUUUAGUCAGAAGUGUCUUUUGGAUACCUAUAAUAGAUGAUCAAUGAUGGCAAGAAGAUUAAUGCUUCUACAGACACACACACCUCACGCACACACAUGCACACUCAAACUUCACAAACUUCACAAACACGCACACACAUGCACACUCAGACCUCACAAACACUGACACAUUGAGGCACUCUCUUUAUAUCUCUGUACUGUUGAAGAAUAUUUGUGCUUAAUAAGCUAAUGAUAUGUGUAGUAGGUUUACACCUAUUUAGAAUGACCACUUUGUUUGCUCAAUAUAUUUUGUAAAAAAUAGAUGUGAAAGUGAUUUGGGGAUGUGCAGUGCUAGCUGCUACUGUCAGUCCUUCUGUAGUUCGCUGGUGACAGAUCAUGCAGGCUGACAGCCUGUCUCUAUGGUAGAUAUUUACCAUUGUGGUGAGUUUUUCAACAGUUGCCGCUCUCAACAGGAAAUACAGAAAAAUUCACCAGUGGGUGGGUCCCUUACUUUCAAAACUGUUCAUUAGACUUGCACAAACCUAAUAUUAUCUAGAGCCUCCAUCGCUGCGUCUGUCAUGGCCCAGGGUUGUCUUUUGAUCUUACUGUGAGCUUGUCAGGUGAGUGUUCCGAUACUGGUGUCAAUAAACCGCCUGUUGCUACCUAUACUUAGACUUAUUCAACAGAAAACUGUGCCUGCAACUUGCAUGCAUCUAAUAACAUGUUGCCGCCAAGGGCUACUUUAUUGCAAUUUUAGGCAUCGUGCAGCUCUGUUCAUUUGCUACAGUUCUUUCUCCCAUGUUAACAUGGAAUUUGUGUCUUUUAAUUGUUAAUUAGCCGCUGAACUUCUUUUCUUAGAAUAUAGUGCUUUUUGGGGAACUGAAAUGUCUGCUCAGAAUUGUUUUGGAUAUAGAAAAUAAUGAUUAUUUAACAGGGCUGAGAAUGAUGAUUUGUUUCUCGAUGAUAUACGUGUCACUGUGAGCGCACUUUUUACUUAGACGGAGUACAUUUCACCUGUGAUUUUUAGCAAGCAGAAAAAAAAAUAUUACGUUAAAGCAGGCUUUUCUUAGAAAUGGAUUUCUGAAUAUUGUUUGUCUCGUUGCUUUUGGUUUCGAGACAGUGUCAGAAUGAGUGUCAGCUGCCUCUUUACAAACGUUUUAAUGCCUUCUGGCUUUUUCGUGUUGCUUGGAUUGUCUCUUAUUUGUGAAUGGGUCAAACUGCAGAGAAUCUGUUUUUCCGUAUGCUAAAUAUGCAAGAUUCACAUUGGAAAGGCUACAGCUUGAAAAUGAAAAAGGUGAUCAUGAUAUAGUACCCAUUGUCCAAGAUAUCUGUGCAGUAUUAUUCUCAGGCCUAAAAAGUAAUGUGCUGAAGAGAGAUUACUGCUGAAAGAUAUUGGUAAGAAUAGAGUUGCCAGAAACAUGUUCUGUUGGACGCUUAAUACAUUUCAUGUUGAUGGGCAGCAUAUUAAAAGUGCUGUAAUUAAAUGCUCUAAUAUUCCUCAUUGAUCAAUGACUGAUGGUUUAUGUGUGUGUUUGUAUGUGUGUGUGUAUAUGUAUGUACAUUUGCAUUCGUUAUUAUAAAUCUUUUUUUUUUUUUUUGCUGCACCCUUUUUCUUGAUGAUUUUAUCAUUGCAUUCAGAAAAUGACGAAUGAGUAAUAUUACUAGUAAUAAGACGCAUUUACAAUUUGAAGCAUGUGUUCAAUCCUUGAGCAAAAAGAGAGACCGUGAAAGCUCCUUACCUGAAAACAUUUCACUCUGACAGUGACAGAAUAAAUUACACCUCUUUAUUUUUUUACAUUGAAAGUGACACGUGAACCAAAAAAAGAAAACCCCAAAUCAACAACUAAAGUGACAGAAAAGGUGCAGCACAAAAUAAUUGUGAUAGAAAAUUGGACACAACACUUUUUGUACAUAAUCCCAAAUUUACUACAGGAAACACUGUUUAUGUGUUGCCCAUCAAUAUAUAAAUGAAGCAAGUUUAGGAAAACACCGUUCUGUCAAACCUUGAUGAGAUCCAGAUAGAAAAGAGCAAGUCUCUUUGCUAUAGUCUUUAAUAGAUUUGGCAUAAAGCGGAGUUAAAGGGACACUCCACUGCCGAAAUACAAAAAUAGCAAUCACUGUUUAGUAGAUAUAGCCUGAAAAUGUGCAUGUAUUUAACUAUGCAUUUUUCAUAUCUAAAGAUAGCGUGCACAAGCUUGUCUGCAGCCUUUGCAAGACCUCCGAUUCUAAACCCCACCCAGCUCGUCUUUGCAAGGCAGGUGUUCUGGGCAAUUGCUCCACUGAUCUAAACAAACCAGGAAGUAACAUGACCUGUUUAGGAUUGACAGCCAGGAGGGUGUAACAAGGUUCAUUUAUGAAAGUGCCAAUUUCUAUUGAAAUCUGCACUGCUUGUAAAAUAGAAAAAAAGAGGAGACAUUGUUUACAUAUAUAAAACAUUUCUGAUAGCUAAACUGCUUUAGGUGCUUGGAGUUUCCCUUGUAAUGUGCUUUAAUUUAUUUCCCCUUAAUGGAAUUGGUUCCAAGCAAGUUAAAUUCCCUAGAACAGUGUUUUUCAACCUUGUACUGAGAACUACCCUUGCAAGUAAAACAAACAAAAAAAGAAUCGAAAAAAGUAAUCUCUAUUGAUUUACAUUCCAAAUUAAAUGAGUAGACACUGUACGUUAUCCUAUAUUGGAGAAUGUCUUAUUAAAGGUAGUUAGGAAUAUGUUUUAAAAUAAAUAUACCACAAUGUGAAUAUUGUGUAUUUAAAGGGACACUAUAGUCACCAGAACAACUAUAGUUUAAUGUAGUUGUUCUGGUGAGUAUAAUAGCUCUCUUCAGGCAUUUUAAUGCAAACACUGCCUUUUUAGAGAAAAGGCAGUGUUUACAUUGCCACUAGAGACACCUCCAAGUGGCCACUCCACAGAUGGCCCCUGGAGGGGCUUCCUGGCUCAGGGCUGCACAGUAGGCCGCCCUGCCGUUCACCGUCUCCACGCUCUGCAUGGGGACGCAGAAUUUUUUGAUUCAAUGCAUCUCUAUGAGGAGUUGCUGAUUGGCAAAAACAGCAUUUGGCCCCCUUGCCGAUUUUAGCCAAUCCAAUGCUUUCCCCAGGGGAAUGGGGAAUUUUGAUGAUGUCACCAAUGGGGUGGGGCCAGCGCCGGUGUACCUGUGGAGAGCUGGAAAUAAGGUAACUUUUAACCCAUUCUGAGGGUGCUAAGGGGGUGGAGGGGGCAAGCCACCUAAAUGGUGGUUUUUCACUAUAGGGUCAGGAAUACAUGUUUGUGUUCCUGAUCCUAUAGUGUUCCUUUAAGGAAGAGUGUAUGAACUAUUAAUCUUAAGUAUAAAAGUCAUAAAAUGAAAAUACACAUAAUAGUUACACACAUAUAGUUACGCACAGAGUUCACUUACACACAGGACACUGAUACACACACAUUUAUACAGAGGACGUUGAGACACACACACACAUUUACACACAGGACACUGACGCACAUAGUUAUUAUUAUUAUUAUUAUUAUGAUAUUUAUAGAGCGCCGUCAAAUUCCGCAGCGCUUUACAAUGGGUGGACAAACAGACAUGUAGUUGUAACCAGACAAGUUGGACACACAGGAACAGAGGGGUUGAGGGCCCUGCUCAAUGAGCUUACAUGCUAGAUGGAGUGGGGUAAAAUGACACAAAAAGGUAAGGAUAGUAUUAGACUAUUAACUAUUAGAUAGUUACACACAGAUGACACUGACACACAUACACAUUUACACAGAGGACAUUGACACAGAUUCGCUGACACACACACUUGCUGACAGACACCCACUGAUACGACAGAAACCUACACAUUCUCAAAUUAGUUUUUAUUUUAUUUUUAUUUUUUUCUUCUUUGUGUACCCAGCCUCCCUUUCCUUUGGGAGAGUUGGAGUGGAUCCUUUCCCUGGCGUCCCCAGUAUGGGGUUGUGUGAUUGCAGCACUGCUCCAUUGCGCUCUGUUUAGUGAUGCCAGGACUGGAGUGGCCCGCGAUGGAGCAGUGAUGGAAGACUACGAAGAGUACAGCUCCCUCAGCUGGACACCUCCUAGGAGGAACUAAGGUCGUUAGCAAAAUACCUCUUGGCGUACUUACUGCCUUUGGUGCGUGUAACCUCAGAGGUACGCAUACCACAGAUUUAAGUAACUUGGCCCUAGGUCAGGCAGUGAUCAGCAGUUUCUUUGUGUAUGUAUCUUCUUGGUAAUGAAAGAGUUAACAAGCCUAAUUUUGCAUUUGAACCAGAAAACAUACUUCCUGAUGUCUACAAACCAUUUUUCUUUCUAAACCAGAUCUCCAAGUAAACCAUUAUCGCGAAAACCAGGCAGUGAAAUGGACUGGGAAGUAGUGAGCAGGAAUUCCUUGUCCAACGACAGGCUGGAGACACAAAGCCUGCCUUCGCGCUCUCCUCCUGGCACCCCCAAUCAGUAAGUCACUGCUCUAUAUGGGUUAUGGAUUUAUGUCUGCAAAAUGCAUCACACCACACAAUGACAGUCAUGUAUUCCAUAUGCACCUCUUUCUUACUGUCUCUCUUAUAGCCGAAAUUCCACGUUCCCUCAAGACAGAACACGGCUGCGCCCUUCUUCUGUUGGACAUUUGGUAGACCACAUGAUUCACACUUCUCCUGGUGAGGUCUUUGCUAACCACCGGUCUCCGUCCUCCACCCAAGCUAACAGUAUCAUCCUGGACUCUCCGCAGUAAGCCAUCUCUCUUACCAGGCUUGGCAUUAAAUGUUUCCAAGCUUUUCUGACUGGUAUUUCUGCAGCUUUCCUCACUCUCAGCAGUUUCAUUUUACCUUUUGGCUAUAGUUUUUAUUUUUUUAAAUCUUUAGCUGUGCACUGUCUGCUUGCAUAGUGAAACCUUUAAAAAGCUCUCCGCAGACAUGUCAGCUCUGUAAGAUGAUUUUUACUAUUUACUCCCCACAUGCACAAUAUUUGUAUAAACACAGACUGCAUUGCCACUUUUUACAGAUUUCAUAGGCUCCCCAGCUGCCUGAUAUUUUAAGCAUUUUAUGCUCGGCUUGGAAGCUGAAUGAACCAAUACUCGGACCAUUCAUUAGAUAAUAAGAUCCAAAAGAACCAACUCAGAAUAUAAUACAUGAGAAUUACACGUUUACACUUGUUGCAUUUGCAGUAAAUUCCAUAGAUUCCCAGAAAUUAGCAGUGCCCAUAGAAAAGGCAGACUCUGCAAAAUUGAGUAAUAAAAAAUACAGCUAUUUUAAAGAGCGUAAAACAUCCCACAGAGUACUAUUUGUCCCCCCCCCCCGCUUUCUUAUGAUAUAUAAAUACUGAGUAAAAGUAUACGAUCUGUGGGAAGGUUUUUUUCACUUGCACUUCUCCAAAACUUUAACAUGUAACUUGCUUACAUUCAAUUCUAAACACAUUAAGGGAUCUAAAAUUGAGCCAAAGUGAAACGACUUUAUGAAAGUUACUCUGUGGUGUCUCCAGUAGACACAUUGGUUAGCCUUACUCCGGUGUACGAAACUUUUCCCAGCUAAGCCUUAGGGCUCUUUAUUUGAAUUGACAGGAUAGUCUGUAUAUCCGUGGGAAUCAGUUGGCAGGUCUUGUGGUGGUUGAACUAAAACUCUCAUGAUGCUCAACUUUCUUCUUAAAAGUAGAUAAGGGCAUCUUUGGAUGGUUACGUUUCUAGGGCGUUGUACCUCCUCCACAAGUCGAAAGCCACAUGUAUGCUAACGCAGAUAUAUACAUUAUUUGAUGGAUCUAUAUUUGCUACUCGCUUGUCCUGCAAUGUUUCGCUCAGCUUGAGAAACUGGCUCCAGGAUGUGGUACAAUCCUUUUUAUAACUUCAUAGAAAGUAUAUCUAAAAAACAAAUGCGCAAAACUAAACUCCUUGUCACCCUGGAAAAUACGUCGACAACAGAGAAGCAAAAAGGCAUUUUCUCACUUUCAUACUGUAAAUGUAGUGCAUUUUUUAGUCAUUCUUUUGCUGGUGGUAUUUUCUUUAAUGUGGUCACACACGCAGGUUUACAAACCAUGUGAUGAAAGACCACAGCUGGUCACCUUCGUUUGUGAGUCAAAGAUCUAGCAGGGUUUUAGGAUUUUAUUUUGUUUGUUCAUUCUUUAUUGUCAAUGCUAAUUAGUUAAAUCUGCAUUUCAGAUCAUUUAUUCCCAGUGCCAGAGUAAAGGGGUCCUGCCAUUAGAUAUAAUCUGUGCAGCAUCAUAUAACAUUUUAAUAACUAUCUAAACAUUGCUUUUUGUUUUGAUUGAACCUCAUUUUUCAAUCAUUGCAGCAAACCAAUAAUUUCUCGCUAACCUUGGGCAGCUUCAUCAGUGCAUUCAAAGAUCCAUUUCAUGUUUUCUUCACAUUGAAAUGCUGGGAGCUGAUUGUCAAUUGUCUGAUUCGCUGCUGACAUCACAUGAUCCCCGUAGCCUUGUUUUUAUGUCAUUACACAUCAAAUCGUUUGGAAUUUGUGAUGUAAUUCCAAGAUGGCCGCCUCCACUCUGAUGCUUUCACAUAUGUUUAACCCCUUAAGGACACAUGACAUGUGUGACAUUUCAUGAUUCCCUUUUAUUCCAGAAGUUUGGUCCUUAAGGGGUUAAGUGAGGGUUUACCUUAAACUUUUUUAUGCAGUUUUGACUAUUGGUUUACAUUAAACAAACUCCCUUUCCAAAGUUUGCCUUCCUUUGUGCUCAGCUGCAGCAUAUGCCAUAAUUCUCAAUGUGACACCUGUAAGUCACCUGUGCUAUGAUUGGCUUUUGCUAGUCUCAUCUUGUGGCACCUAAUACAGAGUUUGCUAAUUUAGUUUUUUUUACUUUGAUUCCAAAAUAAAAUGGUGCUUAUUACACCCUAUCUCACGUCUAUCUUAUUUCCUCCCCAUCCUAUUGCAUUAUGUGAUAGGGAGGAGAGGUGGAUGGCUGCCAAGUGUUUGUGUUACUGUAUUUACACAAUAUUAGCCUUCACUUCAGUGUUUGACAUUUUAUUGCUACAUUUUCUCACAUUAUAUGUUUCUUUGUAUCAGACGUUAGACAUCUUGGUACUAAUGAUUUCUUGACAUGAACUUUGUGCAUUACUAGCAGAUGUUAUUAUUUUACUCUGUUUUAGUGUUUUAUUUUAAUAUUUUGCACUUUAUUUGUAUUAUGUUGUCACUGUAUUUAUUCCUAUUCUCUCUAAGUAUUAGCUCUUCGUUAUGUGAUAAUUUUUUCUGUUUUAUUUUGGUCUAAUUGCUAGUUCGUGUUCAACAGAAUUAUUAGUGAGAUGACCAGUUGUGCCUCCCAUCAAAAUGAUUUACCCUCCCUUUCAGCAAUACACACCAGAUUGCUGGUGUUUACAUCUAUGUUGAUCUGUUUUGUAUGGUUUACUGAGUCUUUUCUGACCAACCAACUGCAGAUUCGGAAUCUAAAACAAGCUCAACUGACUGGGCUGAACUGAGCAUUGGUCACAAGGUUAAAUUGUCUUUGAUUGUUUGAACAAAAUGAUUUACAUGUACCUCUAAAAUAAUAAAAAACUUGACUUUGUGUUUCUGGCACAAAUAGAUCCCAAGACAAUGUGGUUGAAGCUCCUCCCCCUGCGCUGCCACCAAAACAAUCUAAGAAGAACAGUUCCAACCAAAUUUAUCACUCCCAACAAGAACUGGAAAACCAUGUGAAUGAAAGCUUCGAUCCUCCGUGGAGUCCUGAUAAAUCCAUAGUGAGUCGUUUCUUUUUUGUGUUAUUUCUGUGUUCUGCGUGGUGGCAGUCCUGUGUCACAGGCAAGCUGUGCAUAUCUGUACAGUGUAUCAAGAGAUAGAAUCAGAGUCCUAAUAUAAAAGACACUGUCAUAGUUCCAUAAUCUUCUCAAACGCCAGUGUUUUUCUGUUUUCCAGCCAAAUGGCCUUGUGUCCCAUGACAAUCUGGUGUUGAUUAGAAUGAGACCUGAUGAAAACGGGCGGUUUGGCUUCAAUGUGAAGGUGAGAUAAGUCAUGGUACACAAUGGGGGAAUAGUACCGAGAUUUAUGUCAUUAUAAAUGUACAAGACUAGCAGUUUAAAAGAAUAAAAUAAAGUGGGUUUUGGAAUGUGUGCAAAUCCAUAAACUGUCCUGCACCUGUGUAAGUGCACAUAGGCUUUUAACCCCUUAAGGACACAUGACGGAAAUAUUCCGUCAUGAUUCCCUUUUAUUCCAGAAGUUGUGUCCUUAAGGGGUUAAGGAUAAUAGAGAGUAUUGUAUUGUUGUCCACUGUGUCCUGAAUGGUGCUACCACCCACAAACUACUUACUUGUGUUGUGAAUAACUUUGCAGAGGAGCAGGAACAGGCUCGUCUUGUCUUGUAAAUUGUGAUUUAGACUAAUUUCCUGAUAUUUCCAUAGUAUGUGCGUGAAACAGCUGAUAAUUGUUUGUUUUCCGUAUUUGUCACGCUUUACAACAGAUGUUUUGGUGCACACAAGUUUACGUCUAUUUGUGAGCUGAUAUCUGCUAAUUUUGCAGUGUACCUUUCAGUACACUGCAUUAUCUUCCUGGACAUUGCCCACUAAGUAAAAAAAAAAUAUAUAUAUAUAUAUAUUUUUUUAAAAAGCUAUUGGUAAAACCCUCCACCCCCAGAAAACAGCACAAGAGUAUGAUGACCUUUCCCUUCUAUUUGCUUGUUAAAGAAUAUUUGUUAGGAGUGUGUAUGUUUGUUGCAGGAAAUUCAUGGUUGUUUUAAUUCCUGCAGGGAGGGUUUGAUCAGAAAAUGCCGGUUAUAGUGUCAAGGGUAGCGCCGGGAACAUCUGUAAGUACUUCAAGAAUACAUCUCUCAGUAUUAAGAGUUAAUCCUUGUGCCAUCUGUUCUCCUGUAAUAUAGGCUGAAAAAAGACUCUCAGUCCAUCAAGUUUGUUUUUUGUGGGCUACUUUGUAUCAAACUGGCAGUGUAACAGAAAGAUCUGUCAUUAAUAAUGUGUAGACGAGAUGGUCCACUUCAGUUAUAAGGUUUAUAUAAGUGGUGUGCUCCCGCAAUGCUCUCUGCAGUCGCAAAUAUUGCAGCGCACACUGAUCAGCGUUUCUCACUGCAUAUCUCUCCUGUCUCCCUUGUGCAGGCUGACCUGUGUGUCCCUCGUCUAAAUGAAGGUGAUCAGGUUGUAUUGAUCAAUGGACGGGACAUAUCAGAGCACACGCAUGACCAGGUAGUCAUGUUUAUCAAGGCAAGCUGUGAGCGGCACUCUGGGGAACUCGUCCUGCUGGUUCGGCCAAAUGGUGAGAACGAUUUACCCCAGACUUCUUAAAAACCAUUAGUGCCAAAUGGCUGUAAAACACUACUUAGCUGUAGUCACUGUAGUAUGCAGAGCUAAAGCUAAUUGUUACCUGUAUAUUAGCUAGAAAAGACUGAAAUUAAAUAUUUCACACAACGCAAAGUGCAGAGACACACACAGAUGUGACUGAUCAUCCUUAGUGUGCUUCCAGCCAUUGUUGUAUAAGUGUUUACAGAAACAGACUGGUUCAUAUUUUUUUUCAUUUACGUUCUCUUUCCUGAUCCAUGAAGGUCUGUAGCCAGUCGAUGCAGCUGAUUUCCAAACAUAAAUUGUAAUCUGUUCUUAUCUUAGAAUCUUUGUAUUAUUUCCUUACUAUAAGUUUGUGUUUUUAUGAGGUUACAAUAAACAGAUAUUUACACUUGUUUUAACGCUCAUUGUUGAUUUUUAAAUUAGCAGUCUAGUCACCUUUAUAGAGAGCUUGGUUUAUAAUCAUAUAAUGUAUAUAACAAUGAUUGUGUCUACAUUACUAGCUGUGUAUGACAUAGUGGAGGAGAGGAUGGAGAAUGAGCCGGACUUUCAGUACAUCCCUGAGAAGACUGCCGUGGACAGCGGUCAUUCUGAUGAAGACACACUUAGAGAAUCUAUGAUACAGCUGGCAGAGGGUCUACUUGAUGGAACGGUCCUUGCACAGUUUGAUGUACGGAAAGUCAAUAUCUUAUGGUUACCGUUCACACUGUCCAAGCGGUUAUUGUGUGUUAUUUAUUUAUUUUUUUAUUUUUUUAUAACCAACUUUUUUUUUUUUUAAAGAAAAAAAUAAUAUAAAUUAAAACAGCAAUGUAGGGCAUACAAGUUCCAAAUAACAGAAAUAUUUCGUGAAUACGGUAGAGUCACACAAUUGUUCAUUUUUAAGCAGUGUAAGUAAUAGAUAACAGGUGUGGUAUUUAUCACAUCUAUGACAAAGGUUACCAAUAGAGGUAUCACCAUUGAGUUAUACACUAACAAGGUAACAUCUGCCAAUUAUAUCUUUACCAAAAAUAGGUAACUUAAUGCUGGUCAUUUAAUAAAACUAUUUAAAUGGGGAACAAGUCCCCCGCAUCAACUUAGACACAUCACCCAAUAUCAAGAUAUGCCUCAACUACUUUCUUCCCUUAAUCUAAAAAAAAAAAAAAAAACCUCUAACAUUCCAACGUCAAAUAUAUAAUUACUAAUUCCAUGGUAGGGUGUACCAUACACACAGAUUCAUAAACCCAUUUCUGGUAUACAACUAUAGGAUUUCCCCACCAAUUAAACCAUUCUAAACCCUAAGGUUGCCACUAUGUCCCUCCAUUUUCAUGGGGGUAUUCCUUCAGGGAGUGUGGGUACAUUGCCCAAAUGAAGUAGAAUAUUAGUAGCCCACGUGAAUUUUCCAUUAUUAAGUAUACCUAAUGGGAAAAAAAAAAUGAAAUGGAUAAAUUAAAAUAAGACAAAAAAAAUAGGAAUAAAGCCAUCUCCCUGAUCUCUAAACCCCCCAACCCUCCUAUCUCCUCAAUCAAUGCACUCUCCCCUCGCAAGAUAUUCUCUCCAUGGGCACCACUGUUCAACAUGCCUAUAGCCUGUGCCGAUUAUUGAGGCCUGUGUAGCCUCUGCUAAAUUAAUCUCCUCCUCUAAACUAUGUAGCCACUGUUCCUUAGUGGGGAUCUCCACUUGUUUCCAGAGGGCAGGUAUCAUAGCUUUUGCUGCGUUAAAAAAAGUCUCAAAAUUAAUAUUUUAUAUUUGGAGAUUGGCUAAGGUGUAAGAUGUAACACCUGUUCCACUCCAAACUUUUUUAAACCUCUCAAUUUUUGGAUGAUAUAUGUAUUGAAUUUUCUUUCCCACUCCUUUCUAGCAACUGUAUAGGAAGAAGCCUGGGAUGACCAUGUCUUGUGCCAAAUUACCUCAAAAUAUUCCCAAAAACCGAUACAGAGAUAUUUCGCCUUGUAAGUUUGAUCCUGAUUUAUUUCAUGCUGUACAUGUAAGGAACGCUAACGAUGUGUAUACAUAUAUCCUCAAAAGACCAAUCUAAUCUGCUACUUGUGAAAUCUGUAUAGAUCUCUGUAUCACAAAGCAGUGAAAUCAAUAAGAUGAUAUGUAGCUCUUAGUAGGGUCCCUUCACAAAUCGAAUUAAUGAAUUUGCUCUCCUAAUUACAUUAGCGGCAUAUCAAGUACCGAGCCUCUAUUAAAGGACCACUCUAGGCACACAGACCACUUCAGCUUAAUGAAGUGGUCUGGGUGCCAGGUCCUUCUAGGGUUAACCCAUUUUUUUCAUAAACAUAGCAGUUUCAGAGAAACUGCUAUGUUUAUGAAUGGGUUAAGCCUUCCCCUAUUUCCUCUAGUGUCUAUCUCAUUGACAGCCACUAGAGGCGCUUGCGUGCUUCUCACUGUGAUUUUCACAGUGAGAGCACGCCAGCGUCCAUAGGAAAUCAUUAUGAAUGCUUUCCUAUGUGACCGGCUGAAUGCGCGCGCAGCUCUUGUCGCGCGUGCAGCUCUUGUCGCGCGUGCGCAUUCAGCCGACGGGGAGGAGAAGAGGAGGAUCGGAGGAGGAGAGCUCUCCGCCCAGCGCUGGAAAAAGGUAAGUUUUAACCCCUUUCCCCCUUCCAGAGCCGGGCGGGAGGGGGACCCUGAGGGUGGGGGCACUAUAGUGCCAGAAAAACGAGUAUGUUUUCCUGGCACUAUAGUGGUCCUUUAAUUCUAUAACCUGCAUUGUGUCUCACAAGACGUACUUAGUGGGAACACUACCUCCCAGAAAAAUGCAAACAGUCAAAUAGGAUUUUGUCACCAAAGUGAGAAUUGUUGGAAAUUCAAGGCCAAAAUAGCUGUAUUUGAAAAGCCAUCUAUGCUUCUAGUUGGAAUACUUUGGUUUUAAAUUUAGAAUACCCUUUGAAUUCCCAACAAUUCUCACUUUUGUGAAUAAACGUGAACGUUCGGAGUUAUUCUACAAAUGUUAUUCCGGAGGGGGUGAGGAAAAAAAUUACUCUGUGACUUUGUCAGGGUUAUUCACUGAAGUGUGAAUUAAAAGUGAAUUUUACAUUUAGAGUAGCUGACUUAGAGAAUUUUUUUCAAUUUGGCUAUUUUCACCUUAUAUUUGAAAUUCACUUUGGAUUUAUUCACAACCACAAAGAAAUACACAUGCCAUUAAGGAGUUUUAUUUAUUUUAACAUUUGUUUUUAAUAUAUUUCCUUCUAAUGAUCCCAUUACUUGUGUUAUAGAUGAUGCCACUCGGGUCAUUUUGAAGGACGGUGAAGACUACAUUAAUGCAAACUAUAUCAAUGUGAGUGGAGAGAUUGCUCAAUACUUGGGAUGCAGGACAUUUUCUUUAGCACUGAACGAAGGAGGCCCCUUGUAUUACAUAUACAGUAAAACCCCAUGUAUCACAUAUACAAUAUAACACUGUGUAUUACAUAUACGAUAAAACUAUGCGUAUUACAUAUACAAUAUAACAGUGUAUUACAUAUACAAUAAAACUCUGUGUAUUACAUAUACAAUAAAGCCCCGUGUAUUGCAUAUACAAUACAACCCCAUAUAUUACAUAUACAAUAUAACACUGUGUAUUACUUAUACAAUAAAACACUGUGUAUUACAUAUACAAUAAAGCCCUGUGUAUUACAUAUACAAUAAAAUUGUGUAUUACAUAUACAAUAAAACUGUGUAUUAUAUAUUCAAUAUAACACUGUGUAUUACAUAUACAAUAAAACCCCAUGUAUUACUUAUACAAUAUAACACUGUGUAUUACAUAUACAAUAAAACCCCAUGUAUUAGUUAUACAAUAAAGCCCUGUGUAUUACAUAUACAAUAAAACUCUGUGUAUUACAUAUACAAUAAAACUCUGUGUAUUACAUAUACAAUAAAACUCUGUGUAUUACAUAUACAAUAAAACUCUGUGUAUUACAUAUACAAUAAAACCCCAUGUAUUACAUAUACAAUAAAUCCCCAUUAUAACACUGUGUAUUACAUAUACAAUAAAGCCCUGUGUAUUACAUAUACAAUAAAACCCCGUGUAUUAGUUAUACAAUAAAGCCCUGUGUAUUACAUAUACAAUAAAACUCUGUGUAUUACAUAUACAAUAAAACCCCAUGUAUUACAUAUACAAUAAAUCCCCAUUAUAACACUGUGUAUUACAUAUACAAUAAAGCCCUUUGUAUUACAUAUACAAUAAAACCCUGUGUAUUACAUAUACAAUAAAACCCCAUGUAUUAGAAACAUAGAAACAUAGAAUGUGACGGCAGAUAAGAACCAUUCGGCCCAUCUAGUCUGCCCAAUUUUCUAAAUACUUUCAUUAGUCCCUAGUCUUAUCUUAUAAUUAGGAUAGCCUUAUGCCUAUCCCACGCAUGCUUAAACCCCUUUACUGUGUUAACCUCUACCACUUCAGCUGGAAGGCUAUUCCAUGCAUCCACUACCCUCUCAGUAAAGUAAUACUUCCUGAUAUUAUUUUUAAACCUUUGUCCCUCUAAUUUAAGACUAUGUCCUCUUGUUGUGGUAGUUUUUCUUCUUUUAAAUAUAGUCUCCUCCUUUACGGUGUUGAUUCCCAUUAUAUAUUUAAAUGUUUCUAUCAUAUCCCCCCUGUCUCGUCUUUCCUCCAAGCUAUACAUGUUAAGAUCCUUUAACCUUUCCUGGUAAGUUUUAUCCCGCAAUCCAUGAACCAGUUUAGUAGCCCUUCUCUGAACCCUCUCUAAGGUAUCAAUAUCCUUCUGAAGAUACGGUCUCCAGUACUGUGUACAAUACUCCAAGUGAGGUCUCACCAGUGUUCUGUACAAUGAGCACUUCCCUCUUUCUACUGCUAAUACCUCUCCCUAUACAACCAAGCAUUCUGCUAGCAUUUCCUGCUGCUCUAUUACAUUGUCUGCCUACCUUUAAGUCAUCAGAAAUAAUCACCCCUAUAUCCUUUUCCUCAUAUGUUGUAUAUGUAUACAAUAAAGCCCUGUGUAUUACAUAUACAAUAAAACCCCAUGUAUUGCAUAUACAAUAAAACCCCAUGUAUUACAUAUACAAUAAAACCCCAUGUAUUGCAUAUAAAAUCUAACACUGUGUAUUACUUAUACAAUAAAACACUGUGUAUUACAUAUACAAUAUAACACUGUGUAUUACAUAUACAAAAUAUUUUAGGAUCUCCGGAGAAUGAGAAACGGUUGAGCUGGGUACUAAAAUGCACAUUAGCAUAGUAACCUGGUUUUAAAAAGUCUCACGUUUUCCAACCCCAGCCCUUCUCUAUUUUUGCUAUUGAUCCCAAAGAAAGUGAAGGACGCUGCUGGAAGCAAUUCCAGUUGGAAAUUAAUUUCUUCUUGAUUCCUUAAAGGUCCGCUCCACACACACAAAGCCCUUCAGCUGACUGAAAGUACUUUAUUUGCAUUUUAAAUGUAGUUUCUCGCAGAAAUCAGUACUUUAAAAUUCAAAUUAUGAAGUGUUCCAUUGCUGUCAAUCAAAUAGCAGAUUGGUCUCCUAUCUCUUUCACUGAGCUAACAGGAGUGCUCUACUUGAGCUUGUCCCCCAUUCCUCAUCACAUCAGACCAGCAGUCUUUCUGAAUGCGGUAUCAGUCCGCACACAAGCAGACAUGCCUGAUAGAUUCAGUGACUCCUCAGUUAGAAUAAAAACAAUUAAAAUGAAAAUGUGUCUGUUUAAAAUAUUAUUUUCCUAAUGUUGAUGUUUUCGGAUAACCGUGCUAUAGUUAGAGUGUAAUUACUGCUGACAUUGGGGACAGCCAUCUUAAAAUCAGGGUCAGAUAUGUUGCUGAAAGCAUGCGAUUCCAUGCUGCAAAUAACAUUUCUGAUCAAAGCCACUUCAUUAUUGCAUCAGGUAGUACAGGGAUUUAAUAUGACUUCCUUGCUGCAUUCCCAGUGAUGCAUACUCAUGUGAAAAUAAUUCUCUACUCUACCAGUUUUUAUUUAAUGUAUGUAUUCUUGUGUAACUGCAGAUGGAAAUACCUUCUUCCAGCAUAAUCAACAGGUACAUUGCGUGCCAGGGACCUUUGCCCAACACAUGUCCUGAUUUCUGGCAAAUGACUUGGGAGCAAGGUUCGUCUAUGGUAGUGAUGCUGACCACUCAAGUGGAGCGUGGAAGAGUAAGAGUUUAUUUCAGACAUAACACUAUAUUUAUCUGUAGACUUUACAGCUUAUGUUUUUUGUUUUUUCUCAUAAUGGUACGGUUAUUAUUUACCAUAAUAUCCUGUUAGAAUUAGAAUAAUAAAACAGUACCUGAUACCAAAUAAAGUAUCCGAUUAGAGUUAUAAUAGAAAAGAGACCUAUUACCUAAUAUAAUAAUACCCUGUUAGGGUAAUAGUGCAUCAGGGGCCUAUUAAAGGGACACUACAGGCACCCAGACCACUUCAGCUCAUUUAAGUGGUCUGGGUGCACUGCCCCUGUCAGUUUAACCCUGCAACUGUCAUUAUUGCAGUUUCUCAAUAACCGCAAUAAUUACCUUGCAGGGUUAACUCCACCUCUAGUGGCCAUCUGCCAGGCAGCCACUAGAGGCGCUUCUGUGUCAUUAGACGACUAGGCAUGAGGACCUCCAGCAUCAGCUAAAACCUCAUAGAAAAACAUUGAUUCAUUGCUUUCCUAUGGGGUUGUAUUAGACCUCCCCAUAGGAAAGCAUUACUCUUACAUAGCGUGAGGACAUCCUGCGUCACUUAAAACAGCGUCUAAGAACCCGGAAGUCCCUCUAGUGGCUGUCUGCAAGGUAAUUAGUGCAGUCUAUAAAAGUGGGAGUUGGCACCCAGACCACUCCAAUGGGCAGAAGUCCACUAUUAGUGUUAUAAUAUAGCAGGGACCAAUUACCUAAUAUAAUAAUCCCUUAUUGGGGUUAUAAUAUAGCAGGGACCAAUUACCUAAUAUAAUAAUCCCUUAUUGGGGUUAUAAUAUAGCAGGGACCAAUUACCUGAUAUAAUAAUCCCUUAUUGGGGUUAUAAUAUAGCAGGGACCAAUUACCUGAUAUAAUAAUCCCUUAUUGGGGUUAUAAUAUAGCAGGGACCAAUUACCUGAUAUAAUAAUCCCUUAUUGGGGUUAUAAUAUAGCAGGGACCUAUUACCUGAUAUAAUAAUCCCUUAUUGGGGUUAUAAUAUAGCAGGGACCAAUUACCUAAUCUAAUAAUGGGGUUAUAAUAUAGCAGGGACCUAUUACCUGAUCUAAUAAUCCCUUAUUGGGGUUAUAAUAUAGCAGGGACCAAUUACCUAAUAUAAUAAUCCCUUAUUGGGGUUAUAAUAUAGCAGGGACCAAUUACCUCAUCUAAUAAUCCCUUAUUGGGGUUAUAAUAUAGCAGGGACCAAUUACCUCAUAUAAUAAUCCCUUAUUGGGGUUACAAUAUAGCAGGGACCAAUUACCUAAUCUAAUAAUGGGGUUAUAAUAUAGCAGGGACCUAUUACCUGAUAUAAUUCCAUAUUAAGGUUGUAAUGUAACAUUAACCGAUUACCUAAUCUAAUAAUCCCUUAUUGGGGUUAUAAUAUAGCAGGAACCAAAUACCUAAUCUAAUAAUCCUCUAUUGGGGUUAUAAUAUAGCAGGGACCUAUUACCUAAUAUAAUAAUCCCUUAUUGGGGUUAUAAUAUAGCAGGGACCUAUUACCUAAUCUAAUAAUCCCUUAUUGGGGUUAUAAUAUAGCAGGGACCUAUUACCUGAUAUAAUUCCAUAUUAUGGUUGUAAUGUAACAUUAACCGAUUACCUAAUAUAAUAAUCCCUUAUUGGGGUUAUAAUAUAGCAGGGACCAAUUACCUAAUCUAAUAAUCCCUUAUUGGGGUUAUAAUAUAGCAGGAACCUAUUACCUAAUAUAAUCCCUUAUUGGGGUUAUAAUAUAGCAGGGACCAAUUACCUAAUCUAAUAAUGGGGUUAUAAUAUAGCAGGGACCUAUUACCUGAUAUAAUUCCAUAUUAAGGUUGUAAUGUAACAUUAACCGAUUACCUAAUCUAAUAAUCCCUUAUUGGGGUUAUAAUAUAGCAGGGACCAAUUACCUAAUCUAAUAAUCCCUUAUUGGGGUUAUAAUAUAGCAGGAACCAAUUACCUAAUCUAAUAAUACUCUAUUAGGGUUAUAAUAUAGCAGGGACCAAUUACCUAAUCUAAUAAUCCCUUAUUGGGGUUAUAAUAUAGCAGGGACCAAUUACCUGAUAUAAUAAUCCCUUAUUGGGGUUAUAAUAUAGCAGGGACCUAUUACCUGAUAUAAUAAUCCCUUAUUGGAGUUAUAAUAUAGCAGGGACCAAUUACCUAAUCUAAUAAUCCCUUAUUGGCAGGGUUAUAAUAUUGGGGUUAUAAUAGCAGGGACCAAUUACCUCAUAUAAUAAUCCCUUAUUGGGGUUAUAAUAUAGCAGGGACCAAUUACCUAAUCUAAUAAUGGGGUUAUAAUAUAGCAGGGACCUAUUACCUGAUAUAAUUCCAUAUUAAGGUUGUAAUGUAACAUUAACCGAUUACCUAAUCUAAUAAUCCUUUAUUGGGGUUAUAAUAUAGCAGGGACCAAUUACCUAAUCUAAUAAUCCCUUAUUGGGGUUAUAAUAUAGCAGGAACCAAUUACCUAAUCUAAUAAUCCUCUAUUGGGGUUAUAAUAUAGCAGGGACCAAUUGCCUAAUCUAAUAAUCCCUAAUUGGGGUUAUAAUAUAGCAGGGACCAAUUACCUGAUAUAAUAAUCCCUUAUUGGGGUUAUAAUAUAGCAGGGACCUAUUACCUGAUAUAAUAAUCCCUUAUUGGAGUUAUAAUAUAGCAGGGACCAAUUACCUAAUCUAAUAAUCCCUUAUUGGGGUUAUAAUAUAGCAGGGACCAAUUACCUCAUCUAAUAAUCCCUUAUUGGGGUUAUAAUAUAGCAGGGACCAAUUACCUCAUAUAAUAAUCCCUUAUUGGGGUUAUAAUAUAGCAGGGACCAAUUACCUAAUCUAAUAAUGGGGUUAUAAUAUAGCAGGGACCUAUUACCUGAUAUAAUUCCAUAUUAAGGUUGUAAUGUAACAUUAACCGAUUACCUAAUCUAAUAAUCCCUUAUUGGGGUUAUAAUAUAGCAGGGACCUAUUACCUGAUAUAGUUCCAUAUUAAAGUCAUAAUGUAACAUUAACAGAUUACAUCAUAAUAUAUUUACUUUACGUCUGCCAUGCAGGCCUGUCCUAUCUACCUUAGUACAUUGUGUUCCUUUGGAGUUGUUUUCCUAAGUAUAAUGAGCUUCUAUCCCUUAAAUCAUUGCCAAAUGGGAACUUCUCGCUUCCUUAAAAAUACAGAAAAACAAAUGUGUUGACAACAUGCGAUCUCCCACUGAACACAUACAUUUGUUGUACAAUAUCAUAUUUGAGAUGCAAUCUUUCUAGAGUUUAUUCUGUCCUUGAAGGUAAAAUGCCAUCAGUACUGGCCCGAGACAUUGGUCGUGUCUGAGUUCGGGAACUUCCAAAUAACCUGCCAUUCGGAAGAUGGGAAUCCAGCUUAUGUUUUUCGAGAGAUGACACUGACUAACUUGGAGGUACUUUGCAAGCAUUUUACACAUUAUGAAGUUAUACCAGAUAGUCAUUACUGCUAUUCCAGGAUUGUAAAUCAAUACAAAUAUAACUUUAUUAAAGUAUUUACCAGAAAAGGUUCACUACACGCUUGUUGCUGAUAUGUCUUUAACCCCUUAAGGACACAUGAUGGAAAUAUUCCGUCAUGAUUCCCUUUUAUUCCAGAAGUUGUGUCCUUAAGGGGUUAAUGAUGUUCUACCGAGUAGAAUUCCCCUCUCCCAUUUUCAGUAUGUCUGUCUUUUUCUAGAAAAGCGAAAGCCGGGCACUCACCCAGAUACAGUACACUGCGUGGCCGGAUCAUGGCGUUCCAGAUGAUUCUAGUGACUUCCUGGACUUUGUGUGCCUUGUACGGCAGAAGAGAUCUGAUCACAAUGAGCCAGUCAUUGUCCAUUGCAGGUACCUUUACAGACUUGUAACAUGUCACAAUAGUUAUCGUUCAGUACUGGGGCGGUACCGGCCAUUUAUAAUGAGAGCACAGACGCCAUUAACAUACCAUAUCAUAGAAUGAAUCAGCUAGCAUAGUGUUCUAAUUCCAACAGAUUCUUUUAUUUGGGUGAAUCCUCCAGUAAAGCGUUUGUUAUAUUCCUAUUACUAUUAUUAUAGCACCACCAUUUCCCGCAGCACUUUACAGUACUAUAGCAGCAGGCAGUGUAAUCUAGUACUCUGCGGGUUACUAGGUGCCGCGUGAGGUUAGGAAAAAACUCAAUACUAGAUUCAUGCUGUACUGUUCUAGCUUGUAAUCGAAAGGUCCUGUGACUUCUUGCAGGAUCCUGAGAGCCACGUGCGACUGAUACUGCCUAGGUGCAGUAUGGGGACUCCACUUACUUACUUCCCAUUUCCCCUUUCCAUCUAUUCUUUUUCCAGUGCCACCUCUGAAUUGAAGCCAGUUCAUCACUGUAGCAAGUAGUACAUGUUCUGCAAUGAGCUGCUAUUAUUUGCUCCUUUGCCAAUGUUGCUUUCUUUAUGUUUUAGUGCUGGGAUUGGUCGGACAGGAGUUUUAAUCACAAUGGAGACGGCAAUGUGCCUGAUGGAGUGUAACCAAGCUGUGUACCCCCUGGAUAUUGUCAGGACAAUGAGAGACCAGAGGGCAAUGAUGAUCCAGACUCCGGUAAUAAUAAGAAUAAUUUAGUGUACACACACUCACUCACACACUCACUCACUCACACACUCACUCACACACUCUCUCCCUUUGCCCUCUUCAAUGAGCAGCAUUGCCAUGUAUUCUACUACCAGGCUGAUAGGCAAUGCAUCAGCCUUACUGACCUAUUGUAUUUUAAUAUUGUGUGGUCUGUCAGUUAGUGCAUUUGUUGUUUAUGUUUGAAAUGUGUUCUGAUAAUGGGAAGGCCAUAUUAUUUCAGAACAUUCAAUCGCUUGACAUACAGAAUCUGCCUGGUUUCUCUGUUGAAUUUCUUAUCCUUGUUUCUUUUUCAUUCCCAGAGCCAGUACCGGUUUGUCUGUGAAGCAAUCUUGAAGGUAUACGAAAAAGGAAUUGUUAAACCUUUAAAAAGCAUCACUUCAUAA